CUCUAGUCCAUGAUGUAAUGCUAUCAGACCCCUCCUCUGCUGUCUCUCACACACUCCUCUCUCUCUCCUUCUCCUCAUUCGAUUGGUGGCUCCCGCCUGCAUCUGCUGGAUCAGCUCUGACUCCUUCCAUGCGCACACACAUACACACACACACACACACAUACUAAUGCACACACACUCACACACGUUCAUACGCGUCCACGUUCCUCACACACUCCUCUUACACAUACACUACCAGGGGGAUUCCUCCGCCCGCCACUGCAGCCUCUGCUUGCUCCACCUGCCUCCUCACUGUCUUCAGUCUUCUUCUGCCGUAGGGGGUGAAAAGCACGCGGUGAGUCCCUCCUUUUUCUCUAAUGACAGCUGGCGAUUAUGGUCCACGAUAAGACAAAAGGAUGAAAGGACGUUGUUCUUUCCUGCAGAGAGUGUUGGACAAACACCGGGAGGCUUUGCUGCCAUCCACUGCAGCCUGGGAGGAAAAGGAGGAGGAGGAGGUGUAGGAGGAGGAGGAGGAGGAAUAGGAGGAGGAGGAGACGCUUGCUGCUGAGUUUUUGCUUGGAGUAAUGAAGAGGUGUGUGGUUGCUCAGUUACUACAGAUACCGGUCAUCUGGGCGUCAUGGCAAUAGAUUGUAUUCAGUCAGGGUCUCGGCUCAUUGUGCGUCUGUGUCCCAGUAAGGCGCAGGGAGCUGCUGGAUGGUGCACGUGUGUGUAAGUGAGAUAAAAGAUCUGCUUGUGUGUAUGUGUGCAGCUGUGUUUAAGGCUCCUAAAUAUGCUCCGGGGUGUUGUGUGUGAUCCGGUUUCCUCUUGUGUCAAUCACCUUGCUUUGACAGGAGAGACGCUGAAUCACUUGAAUGCAAAGCAAAGCUGCUUCUGUGUCUCUGUGAAGGUUUACUUCUGACUCCUGCCAGAUGGUCAGGGAGGAUAUAUUGGCUACAAUCAAGCACUGACAGUCUCAUCAUGUUUGUAUAGAUUGUUUCUGUUGUGCCACUGAGAAGAAAAAAAAGGGUGUGUGCAUAUGGUGUGAACUCCUUCGCCUAUGAAAAUUGAACACUUGCAUAGGUCUCUCUUUCCUCUCUCUGCUCCAUUAUGUACACUGGGCUCUUUCACUGUGCAGCUCAAUGACAUUGAGUCUAAUAGGAAAAGUAAUUCUAUUAUUGCCUGAGCUUUUGGCUGCUAAAUGACACUUAAAUGAUAAUGGAAGCAAGGGAUGAAGUCACUGGUGCAUUUUUCGCUCUGAACAGAGGAUGGCCAAAUUGUAUUUAGUGCAGCAAGCUAACCUUUUACAUCCAGUGUGUUCAAAUGUUAAUAUUUAAUCAUGCUUGGUCUACUCCACAUGUGGACACUCUCAUGACUAAUUCAUCCAGAUGUUUUUUCCCUUUUCAUCCUUCAUAUAACUGACAGAAACACACUGCUUUUUCUGUAUCAAAAUAAAAGCCUUAAACUGCUGCUGCUUUUGCAAACAUCUGCAUCAUUAUGUCUUCAAAUGACUGGCAAAUCUAGAGGGAGGGGUACUCAAUCAGAUGUCACCAGCUCACUGAGGAGACAGUAUAUUUUCCAUGCUAAAUAAUCUCCCUUUUGUUAUCCAAUUAAAUAAGAACCAAAUGAGGUUUCCUGUGCUUUUCAGCUGGCUCAUUAUUAUCAUUAAUUGCAGCUUUAACCACACACAAAAAAAAGGGAAGAAACCCACAAGGAUAUUUUGGAAGUCAGCUGGCCUUGUUCAAAUGAUCUGCCCUCCCUAAUGGAACAGCAUGUGCAAAUAUGUUGGUGGGUUUUUAAAUCAAUGUUUAGCACAUGAAACAGCUCUUCCUCCAGGCUGUUUAGCUCUCAAACACUCUGUAGGAAUAAAUGGAAAGUAAUUAGGAUGCCAGUCCAACAGCAAAACAACAGGCAAUGAGGAAGUGCAGAGCAGCUCCCAUUGGCUGUCAGAGCUUUACAGGGGGUUAGUUUGUGGUCACACUGAGAUAGUUUAUUGAUUCUUUAAAUCCUGUAACAACCCACUGCCCCAAAGACCUUUAAAAUUAAGACAAGGAGUUAAUGUUGCACUAAUCCUCUGCUGCGAAUGAAGUAAGCAGUUAAUCAGAUGUUAUUAUUCUUCCUAUAGCUGUUUAUCUGUCAAUAGAUCAUCCUCUGAUUGUGUUUUUCUAUUCUCCAAAGACUGUCUUCAGAGUUUUUUUUUUUUUGUAAAGUAAAGCUAAGGGUUUAGGUCUCAUGCCUUGGUACAUAAAGCAGGCUACAAUUUCAUGCUGCCUGCUCAGUUAAUUUUGGAUAUUCCCCUCACUAGCUGCACUGACGUCAAACCAAUAAUCUGAGGGAAAUAUAAAUAUUUGAACCCACUCAAGGCAGAAAAGUGAAAAACUAGAAGUAAAAGGUCAAUUUGAUCAAUAUUUCAUCAACUCUACCCAGUGUGUAACUGAUUUGUACCCUGAAUGCAACACAGAAAGUGAUUCAGAUGCUUUUCCCCGUCAGUGUAGACGUGGUUUUAUUGUAGUUAGAGUGUUUGUGCUUUUUGUUCUAUAUACAGGCUUUUAUGUGAGUGCUGUCAGCUGUUAUUUUCCCUCUUUUAAUCAAAGAUUCAGAGUGUUUGAUAAUUUUUUUUCUCAUUCAUUCUGAACAGACACCACAAAGUAUUCCUAAGAAUAAAACAUGUGAUGAUGUGGGGAAAAACCAGACCCAGGACAGAUGCUCUUAUUCUUCCAUCCUGACAACUCCAAAGUAUUCACUGUAGCUGUCCUCCACUGACUUUUAAGGACAAGACAGUUCCAGUUUUGCCAAUGUGUAAAUAUAUAUUCAAGAUGAUUUGUGACUGAAUUUAGUAACAAUGAGUAUAGAGCCCUUUUAAAUAAAGCAUAAAGAGGCUACAGUAGCUUAUCAGUAGGUUUAACAGACACUUAUCUGAAGUUUGAGAGCAAAGGGAAACAGAUUCUGUGAAAACAACAAAACAAUAGGGCAACAUGAAAGUGUCAAAAUCUGAGACAUCAUUUCUCUUUGUGUUAUAAAGACUAAAUUCAUUAUUUAACAUUACAGCUGGUUGUCAUUGGCAGGAAAAGGGUUCAAGGUUUAACUAUAAUUAAACUCAUUUAUUGCAAAUAAAGACAGCCCAGAGAAAUGCAAUAUGGCCCCUUUGUGUGUCAAGUGAUUGUUGGUGUAACUUCAGCUGAUUCGAACCACGUAAUAGAUCUGUGGUACACAUCCUCCUCAACUAUGGUUCAAAGAAUCUUAGUAGAAUCUUAAACUCAAAUCACAACAGGAGUCCUCUGUUUUAUUAUUAUUUUUAUUAAUGAUGAAUUUCAAAAAUGACCUAAACUAUAGCAGCUUACAAGGCUAACUAAUCUGCAACGACAUUGAUAACCUCACUGGGAGAAACAUGCUGUAAAUUCGGAAAUGACGCCAAUACAAAAACACAUAAACACAGCCAACACAUGCUAAAGAAAAACACUUUAAACCAAGACAUUAAGGUAGAAGUGCUACAUGUCUCUAAAGGCACUCAGUGGAACAGUUUAUUAGUGAUAUGAACUAUUUUAUUUACGGUGAAACUUCACUUCAGCUAACCAUGAUUGCUUGUUUAGAUGAGCACUUAACUGCAAAAUAGGGAUGAAUUCUUAAACUACAGUAGCUGCAGGGCUUACUGAGCUCCUCAGCCAACAGACACUCUGUGUUAGAACUCACCGCUAACGCUGUCUAAUAUUACCACUAACAACAAUGCUAACAUUAGCCACAAUUAGGAGCAACAACAUUAGCAUGGCUGGAUGUCAGUUGUGUCGGUUCUCUGUACGCUCUCCACUGGCGGUAUAAGUGGUCUGAUAACUAAGUUCAUUGCCGUCUUCUUUGCCCCCUCCCGUCAAUGAUUAAAUGCUAUAAACUUGUUCACUUUGCCUCCCCUGUGGACUGUAAUUGUUGUAGUAAAAAUAAUCAUCUUUUGCAUAUAUUUUCUCUUUGUGCAUCCUUUUUGAACUGCAUCAUUUAAAGGUACAGGGUGUAUGAAUGUAAAUUGGUAGUAGGGAUGCAAUGAUAGUCGAUGUCGACAAAACUCGAUAAUGAAAAAAGUCAACAAUGAGUUUCAUUGUCGACUAUUGUCGCCAUACGUGUUUUUUCCAGUGGAGUGCGGCAUCUUACUUCAUUACUUCAUUGAUCUCUGCCUCGAGUCAAACAUGCGCAAUAGCGUCUCUGCUGAGUGGUAGGGUAUUCAAACAUGGUGGCACCAGCAUCCCAUACAGCAGCUACGAGUACACACUUUAGUCUAGAUAAGAUGAAAAAAAUAACCUUUCGUAUCAUGGCAGCACGUCGGUGAUGCAUAUUUGAGAAGGCACGAAAUUAUCCGAUUAGUCGGCUAAUCAUUUCAAUAGUUGAUGACUAGUCGACUAUUGAAAUAGUCAUUAGUUGCAGCCCUGUUUGGUAGUGUCUAGCUAUCAGAUUUAAGAUGAUCCCAUGCUCACCCCUGUGGUUUGUGAAGCUCAAGUUUCGAUGGUGGCCUUGAAAGAUCAGAGGCUGCUGAGAUGAUCUUCUACAUGUCAUGUUUUGACGUUACUACUGUAUUCCAUUUCUUCCGAGUCUAGCAUUCAAAGUGUUUUUAUAAACUGCACACUGCGCAUUUAUUUGCUGUUGCUUUGUCUUUUGGUAUCCCCUAUUUUUUCAUCUGAAGUAAGUUUUCUACCUUCACAUUUUGUAAAACUGUUGCAUCUAAUUCAGAAUUUGCAGCAUAUUUCUCUUUAUGACUGUCAUGGUCAUGUUAUCACAGACCAAUAGCCUUGUCAGACACCAUAUUAAACAGUCAAACUAAGAAUAUGAUUCCAAAUCAAAGACUAUUUUUCAUAUAAACACGUAGAUGUCAGUGGCAAUGUUCCAGUAUACUCAAUGUCUGCUCUAAUGAUGGUAUGUUUUGAAAGUCUUAAAAAAAAUCAUGAAUUCAUGAAUUUAUUUCCAGUGCCUUGAGGCUUUCUUCCACAGCCCUCCCCCUCCCGCUGUGCAGCUGUGCAGCCUUGUAGCCGUGCAGGACCUUCACCUCUGCCCUCCUACUGCGGCAUCAACAGUCUCCCUGCCUCCUUCAAACCAAGAAGAAAGAGCCAGACAAAGAAAAUCUAUGUACUGAGCAAACAUACACACACAUAUACACACCACUAUUUUCAUUUCAACCACAUGAUCAUGAUAUUUCACUCGGGUUCUCAGGGGGAAAGUAGCUCAAAUUAACAUGAAUUAAUCUCAUGGCUUCCUGCAGAAUUGGCUUUAAUGUAGAUGCAGCCCUCCCCUCUUUGCAGUCAUGCACAGAAGGUGUCAGACAGCAAUUAUUGGUUCCUAUUAUUUACAGGACAUGAAAGAGCAUCUAAGUAGCUCAACUUGCUCCAGUAUGUUUGUUUCUAAAAUCUUUGCAAACAUGUGAGACUCUUUUCCUAUCCUUCAUUAUUCUUUUUCUUUUUUAAAAGAUAGUCAGCAUACAUUCUCUGUGCUCUGCCACAUCCUUUAGAUUUAUUUAUAAUUUUUACUUUUGAAAUCUGUCUGAACAGACAACCCUGAAGCAAAUCAGCGGGAGAUUUAUGAUGAGCUGUGUUGACUGGUUGGCUGGUAAGACAUGAAUAAGUGAGGGGCCAAAAAAGCCUUAAAAACCUACUCAGGAUUGAUUGAACGUGUCAGGAGUGAAAGUAAGAGCCACUGGUGAUAUGAUUUGCAUCCCUUGUUUAAUCACCUUCCCUGUCACUUUAAGCAGAGGCCUGCUCCUGAUGUGUGUUAAUCAGAGAGAGAGAGAGAGAUGGGUGUGAGACUGCAGAAAAGGUUAGAAUUGGAUUUAAAAAAAAAAAAAACUGGUGAAAAUAUGGACAUACACUGCCGUGGGAUCAUUGUGACUUUUAUCUCGGCCUCACUGAUGCUGUUUGCUCACAUGUCCACAAAUAUGUAGACGAGUGCAGUCCCUGUUCUCAUAAAGGACUGGCUCAACCAAACCAGGCCAGAUAAAAUAUAUUGUCUCACUUACUUCUAGUGGUGAUAAGCAAUGCGAGUAGUGGCCGUUUUGUUUAUGUGUCUGGAUCUGAAUGUGUUUCUGUCUUUACCUCAUUAUGGAGGUGAAACAGAUUUUUUUUGUGCUGCCUGUUGCUUGUAAAUAAACCAUUAAUAAAAUCUGUUUUGUAGUUUAAAUGUUAAGGGAGGUGUACAUGUUGUCCAGAUUGUUUUGAUUUAGUUAUUCAGUUAAGCAGUAUAUGGCACCUUAGUCAAUGUGUCAGUCAGCUGAUCAGGUAAACACGUUGGUCUAGGCUGAUAUAUCACAGCUUAUAUUGGUGGUGUUGUAAACCUGGUUGUGCAGGGUAACUUUUCCCAGCAAAACACACAAAAAAAUAUAUCCAAAAUUAAUAUGAUAUUUAAUUUGAUCAUGGGGAAAUGUUGCACAGACAUUGGUGAUCCAAUGAUGACCAAUUUUUGGCAUUUAGCAUCUGCAUUGAAUUCAAAAACCAGUAGUUUUAAGUUUGCAUUGUUUCUGCAUGAAUGUGUUUAAUCCCCUCUUUGAUUAGGACACACAUCUGACCCCGAAACUGCUCUCGCUGGGGUGUGAAUUGACUGUUUAAUGCUGAUGGCUGCUUUACAUAGCAGCCUCGAUCAUCCUUGUAUGAUUCUGGUGUGAAUGGGUGCAUGUGACGUAAUUUUAAAAGAGUGUUGAGUGGUUAGAAGAUUAGAGCACUUUAUAAACACGCUCCAUUUGCAAUUUAACCUUGUUUAGUUUUGUAGUAACUUGAUGAUUCGGCAUUUUAAGCUAUGAUUGUAAACAUACCAGAUGUUUUACUAGUCUAACAUCAUCUUGUCACAGUAAGCAUGUAAGUAUGCCAAUGUAAGAGUUAAUCUGCUCUCUGCCCAAACACAUGGAGAAUCCUCUUUAAAAUAACUCUAAGAAAGUCCUGUUGACUCCAAGCCUGAUAGGUUGCUAAGGCUUUUUUUAUUCUGUUUACUCUGGAUCACAAUCUAAGUAAUCCUUCCAGUAGUUUGACAUCAAAUAAAAAUAUUCACAAAACCAUGUGUUCAAAUCCAUGUUUCAAACAUUUGAUUGAUGAUUUUUGAGAGUGUCCAAUGAUACUCUUGACCCUGGUGAUUCAUAAGUUUAACCUGUGAAAAACAGCAAGCACCCCAGUAAAAUAUAGAAAAACAGUGCAUAGAAGUUACUGACACCCAUUUUUAUUUCGGUACUAAUCUUCAGAUUCAUUCAUUUCUGUCAGUUAGCAAAAUGUGUGACAAACAAAUCAUCCCAGUCAGCAGCGCCGGCAGCUUGAUUUAAAAUGAUCAAAACAGCAAGUUAUUCCUAUCGAUGAUAUGUGGUACACUUGUAAAAAGAAGUCAGCUCCGGUAGAAGUAUAGAGAAGGGAGAUGGGACACCUUCAGACCAGAGAGUGCUACGUUAUUUGAAUAGUCAUGAAUCAUCAGUGAGGAGAGAGAGACGGUCUCCUGUGUAGAGAUAGAGAGCGUGAGGAAGAUGUGGGAACAUUUCAGGGACUGUCAGAGCAGGACAAGGUGAGGACACAGGAAUGAGUCAGAGUGCUGAUGGGUCUGCUGGAGGCACCUGCAGCACGCUGCUCUGACAUCAUCACUUCCUGCAGGCUUGGAGCUCAGCGGUCAGGAGGAGUGCACCUUAACGCUUGUAGUCUGACCUUGUGACUUGUCAACAACUCUAACAGACACCAUUCAUAAUAUAAUAUAGAGAAAUGUAUCUGAAAUUUUCUGUAAAACAGCCUUAUACUAUUGAAUUGAAUAUACUACGCUGCUGACUGAUGGAGAAUGACUUGAUCGAUUUUUAGCUGAAAAUCUGUUACACUCACAGGUUGAGCUGUAACCAUAGUAACAGCGAGCGCUAUAGCUGUCUUAAAGCUCCUGUAAGGAACUUUAUCAUUGUUUUGAUUUGGAGCCUCCUGUGGACCAAGAGAUGGUUCACCUUUUUGCCGCUCUUAUCCUGUAAAUUUGCAAAUAUUUUAUAUCAACAAAAAAGAACCUCAUCUUACUGCCUUCAACCCUACAUUGCCUUUUGUAAAAUAUUUGAUAAAUACUUUUAUAUACUUCUAUCAAAUCAAUAUGAUCUACAAAUUACUAAAAAACACACCUGAAUACAGAUCAAUUAAUGAUAAAAAUGUCCUUUUGUAGUUUAUCAGUUUCCAAAAACAUCUAAUGAAUCAAACGAGAUAAAUAAAUAUAUUUGUUUUAUUUUAAGGACAUUUUGAUUUUUGUUGGUUUUCAGUAGUAAGUGAAAUAAACAUUUCAGCUCCAAAAAAAAUUGAAUUUUCUGGCCAUAAUUUGUGGUGUCGGGCGUUAAAGGGCAACAAAGUCCAAUACCUCAUGCACUGCAGCUGAAAAAUGCAAACGAAGGCUGUUCCUGUAGCCUGUUUUAACUCAUCCAUAUGAUGCCUAUCCCUAAGAGUGGUUACAAGCACAGAAAAUAAUUUUGUAAAAAUGAUUAAUUUUGUUGCUGACGUUUGUGUUUGAGGGAUUGGUUUCCAUUUCAGUGUGUUUUGUAACCAGCUCCUCCCAUGACCUUUAAAAUGAGCUGCCAUUACUCAAGUUAUAAAGUGAGUAAUGACAACUAAGUUUGCUCAUUUCAAGAAAUGUUCAAUGUUCUCAAAAUGAGCAGAAUUAGCUAAUAUUACCCACAUUAAAAAGGAAAUUUUCCACUCAUAUCCAUGUGAGCUUUUCUGUUUAUUCACUUUUAUGACGUGACAUUUCAUUUAUCGUCUGUCAGUUCUAAAAGUCACCAUAUUCCACUCUGUGUUUCAUUAAGUGCUUGUUGACAUCUUUCAUGGUGUAGAUUUCUCUGUUGUCACCUCCAGUUUUUGUGUCUCAGUCUUAUAUGCCUUUUCUUGAGUGAUUAAAUCUAUUUUCUUGCAUCUGCCACUGUAACCAAACCAACAUUUAUAAACUGUACUUGUUCUUUACACCAACAGUUUGCUAAAUAUUAAUGUCUAAUAGCCUCUGAGGUGAGUGGAAGUUUUGGGGUCUCCUGCUGUAGCUAGUGGUUAUUUGGAGAUGAGGAAAACACAGCCUUUAGCAUUAUUUUCUGUGUGCUGCUGCUCUUGUUUACAGUCUAAACAGCGACUAGAGGCACAAGAAGGGAAUUGGAUUAAAAAGAAAACUUCUUUAAUUUGUAUGUUAACUGACGAGUUAUACUCAGUCUACCUGGAUUUAUUUAGAUUAUUUGCCAGUAGCAUUCCUGCCUUAACGUAAUGACAGAUAUGUCAUGCUAUUCAUCAUUGGGUAUCUCUCGUUCUCUACCUUUAGAGACAGUUUGAAUAUUUUGUGCUCUUAUGGUUCAGAAGUUACGGUACCGAGAAGCUAAUGAGGAAAAGGCAUGGCAAAUCCUGUCGCCAGUGACAGGUUGGUAAAAAUUACUACCACAAUGCAAAGUCUGCAUCAGACAAUAUGAGUCCAGGAGUGCAUGGACCAUGUAUCCUUCAUCUUUUACUUACCGCAGAGGGUAUUCCUGCACACAACAGCAGCCUGUUCAAAUGUAGUGGGUCAAAAAUUCUUGGGUUGUAGAGAGUGCAAAGAAUAUUUAAGGCAUUAAAAACUGUUCUCAUUACUAAUACAUACUGCAUUCAUACGCAGAUAUUCAUUUGUAAAAUGUUUCAAGUUUCAAUGUCAACCAUUCAGAAGUUUUUGAGAUAUUUCAGUAAGGACCAAAGUGGUCAUUCAACCAACCAGGAUGCCCACUUUUAAUUGCAUACUAAAGAAUACUCUGUUUAUUAAUAUCUACUGCUCCACACUUUGGAAUAUCAAACCUUCAUGCCUGUAAAGAAAAAAACAUGCACAAAAUUUGAGAUUAAAUAAAUGUAAACUCAAGCCUGUGUAUUAAAGAAAAAAAGAAGGUGUCUGUCUCAGUAACAUAAGUUCGGCUCUGCUGUUGGCUUAGAGCAUGUAGGAGGGAUAAAAUCACUUAAUGUGUGAGUAAGACCCCAAAUCUGGUGUUGUGCUGAAAGAGUGUGUCAUACACUUAACCCUAAUAAAAGCUCAAUGGGUGGUGUGACCUUAAUAUGAAUGGCUGCUGAAUGCUAGGAGGUGCGUUCCAUCCCAUGACAAAGGGAUAUUAUUUGAGGGCAGCAGCAGAUUAAGAGUGAUCGGGUCAACAACUAAGCCUUUGGGAAAUGUAACCUCAAGGACUCUGAUCCAUCUAUGUCCAUUAAUAUUUUGUAAACACAGUCAGAAGUAAUUCUUAAUUGUGCAAAAUGCUCAGAAGACACACUACAAAGCUCAUUAUUGGAGGACACUCAAGUUUUAUCAAAGUACUUCACAAAUGCGUCUUCAGACAGACAUUUAGCUUGCUGCACUCUUAUUCCUUUGUACACUACACUACACUACACUACAGCGAACAGGAAAGUUACAAAGAUAACUCUGUAAGAAUUCAGCCUGCUGAUUGCUCCUGUCACCUUCCCCUACAAGCCAGACUUUUGUAUAAUUUGGUUGAUUUGAAUCUUCUCAGAAGUAAUCCUUGAUUAAAUUUGUGGGGAUUACUGAAGGCCCGGUAGAUAAAGAGGAGCAACUGUGAACAUGCAGUACAACAGAGAGACCUUCAAAUAUUAAAAAGAAAGGCAGAGACACAAAGCAAAAGAGAAACACAGACAUAAUUUUGACCCCACCUGCAGCUGACUUUUUUCUAUGUCUGUGUGUGUGCGCCUAUGUUUGGGUGGGUGUGAUGUGUGUGUAGUGGCCUUUAGUCUAUCUGUGGCGCAGUCACGCAAAACCACUCUAAGACUGACAACAUCUCCAGGAGCGUCGGCUUCUGUCAGAACGCUGCCUGCAGCAUGGCUUGGCUGUCGUCACUUUUCUUGUUGUUAACAGUCACAAUAUCUGACAAAUUCUCACAUUGUCGCAUGUCACCAAAGCAUGGGGGCUGUAGACUAAUUACUGAGGAUAUUUUAUACCCUGUGGGUGCAGACAAUGGCUUCCCAAUGUGCACAAAAACUCGAUAUGUGCCUGCUCUUGCCAAGAAAAUAAAAGGUUAAAUAUAAGGUUGAUGUAUUGUGAUGUUCUGAGCAGAGCAAAAGGUGCAGACACUUUGUCUGUUGUUUUCAGCUUUAAAGGAAAACCAAACUCCCACUUUUGUACCCUUUUCUCUGGCCAAAAAUGAGAUUACAUGAACGACUGAAUCUGGCUAUGUUCAGGUCUUUGCCUUCGCUCAUAAUCCCCUGUAAUUCUCUUUGUGGUGGACGCUCUCAGAUGUCAGUCAUUGUUAGCAGGCUGCAGGGAAGCCUUGAGGAAAGAGAGAAAGAGGAACUGAUCGCCAAGACAACAGAGGAGAAAAAAACUUUUCUCAGUGAAGAAAGAUGUCCAAAAACCCAGGGAAAUACGAUGUUAUAUUUGGGUGUUUUUUGUGUUAUACUUCAAAACUUCUUUACUUGAGAAUAUGUUUCAUUUAUGCCUCAGAUUUAGGAUGUCUCUUUACAUAGUAUCUUAACAGUGUCUACGCUGUAAGAUUUGAGAAGUUCAGCUAACUUGAAGAAAACUAUGGAAACUUGUUGCUGUAAAGAUUUAAGAAAACUUGAACUGUUAAAAGUAUAAUUGUUUGUAGUGAAUACUUAUUCUGGUACUUAUACUAAGUUGAUUAUUUUUACAGUACUUUAACUUAUUGGUUCUGAAAAUAAAAGGCCCUCUCUACCCUCUCUAGUGGUGAGGUUGUUGUUAUACUUACUCUUUUCCUUUUCCUUUCUCGCCCUUCUCUUUCCUUCCUGCUUCUUCUUUUUCCCUGCCUCAACCUUGCACUUUCUCUACCUCGAUCUCUGUACCCACCCCAACCUAGCACUGCCCCUGCACUGGAUUUAAACCCACAGCCACCUCACUCAAAGGCAGGUACUCAAGCCAAAACACUGUCCACAACUGCCUUUUUAAGAUUUUUCUCCUAUUUCAUUAUGAGAACUUUAAACCUUGGUUCAGUCUACAGUGAGGGCAAAGCAUUUUGUUUUUUUCCUUAUUGAAAGACCAUACCCAGGGCAGAUUUGAACCCAGGACCAUGAAAGUCUAAGGUAGAAGUUCUACCUAAUGCACCACAGGCCUGUCUGCCGGUGACUGCAUUUCUUGGUCUUUUCAUUUAACCGUUUUAUCAUGACUAUUUUAUUAAGUCACAUUUUUAUUUGUACCCCAUUGUAAAGGGGCUCCAACCCUCAUCCACAGGCCAGCAUGUUUUUUUUUAUUAUAUGUAACCAUUUCAUUAAAGCUAUUUAAAAAAAGGUAAAGAGUACAGAUUGGGGAAAGCAAAUCAGUGUUUCAUUUGAAAGUCCUUGUUGCAGGUGGAUUUGCACCCAGGACUAUUUCCUUCACAGGCAGUAGCGCUAACCACCAAGCUACUGGCCUACCAUGCUUUGAUUCACUUUUUAGGGCUUUUCAUUAAAACAUUUUGGUUGCCAUUGUACAAAAGUACUGCUCUGACUACAGUUCUUUUUCUGCAUCGCGUCAAAAGCCCCUGUCCUAGGACCAGAUUUGAACCCGGAAUCUUUUCAGUCAGCAGUAACCACCACACUACACGCCUGCCAGGCAGUGCUUGCUUGUCUUUUUAUUUUUACCAUGGCAAUAGAGCGGGGAAAGCAACGAGUUCAUCCCUCAAACUGAAAGUCCUUAUCCAGAGUGGACCUCAGACCAUACCUGGAAAGCAGAGGAUUAACCACUAUACUAGUGGCCUGCAAAAUGACUGAAGCAGCCUCAAAAUAAGCUGUAUGUCCUAGUAUGUCAUGGAAAUUUGCAUUAUGAUAAACAAUAUAUGUACAUAAAGAAAAAAUGAACAAAGUCAUGUCUGCAAUGCCAGUUUGAUCCAAGACAAUCUAUUGUUCGAUUUCUUUAAAUCCAAAAUUUAAGUCUCAAUCUUUGCGAGUUAUGCUCACACGUUUUUUUUUAAACAAACAAGAAAAAUACCAAAAAAAAAAACCAAUUUAUUCAGUCUGCUUGCUCUGUUCCUCCUGUCCUUUCCAUCCUGCCAUGAUUUAUUCAGACAUUUUCUUUACUUUAGAAAGUAACGACGUAAAAAAAAAAAAAAAAAAAAAUCCUAGUUUUAUUUCAAGCCCAUUGAGGACCCCCUUUCUCCAUCCCACCACUCUGAUUUACAUAAGGACGUAGGGAUGGGACACUAAAAGUACCGUAAAUCAAUGCAAACUGUUUCGUUAAACUUUGGAAAUGCACGAGCAUACAGAGACGCGGUCCUGAACCUGCAGCCUCUGGGUCUGCAGAUGCAUGCUGCUCGCAGACACCGGCAGCUCGUGCUGUGGGCGGAGCCAAAGUUUACGAGCCUGAAAGCGUCCACCCUCAGUGUGUAGUGGAGGAGGCUCGUCUUCAGACACACGGAGGAUGGUCUUCAUUUCACUGGCACACUUACGGACUCUAUACAAACAGAAGCUGAAGUGCAAAAUUCGGAUUUAACCGGUUUACGGUCUCUACUUCGACAUUUUUUCCAACGCCAUUAAAAACCUGAGCGGUGAGGGCGUUUUUUUUUCUUCGCUGCAGCUCGUGGACGGUAAGGUUUUGUGUUAACUCUGUGUCCUCAACGUUUUCAGGUUAAAACACCUUUUACAUCGGAGAAAACUCCAGCUUAGUUAUAUCUAAUGCUGUAAAAACAACUUUGGAGUACUUCCUAAAGAGAAACCGCGUUUUUCUGCAUGUAUGGUAGUCGACAUUAAACAGACUUUGAACACAGUCCUGCGUUUAGUCUGUGCUCUCGCGCACCUUGGAGCUCCACAUCGCAUUAACAGUACAUAUAGGUGGACUAAAUUACUCGCCCUGUUGUCCUUACUCUAACUACAUCUCUGUUCUUGUAGAGGAAACAAUAAAUUAAAGUCAUAUCCCAUGUUUCUGUACACAGACUUUAACUGGUUGCACCAAGAACCCCUUAACAUUAUUUCUAAAUUCGACCAAACACAUGAAACUGCAGAUUUAACAGCACUUUUGUAAAAGCAGUAGGUGUAUAAUGUAAGUGAGGAGGCAGACUAAUGGUCUGACCACUCUGCUUUCUGUCUCCCGGUGUGGGUAAACAGCUGCUCUUCACAUUUAGCUCAAAGAAACAACAAACCAAAGUCACUCCUGAGCUACCGCACCAGCUCUGUGAUAUUUCUCUCUUUUACUGACAGACACCUCAGAUGAAUUGCUGCUGCACCAUGUGAUUGUGUUGAUUCCAUCCAACUUAACACUUAAUCAAUGACACCCUGCUUAGCCUAUUCUUGUGAUACCUUCCCCUUAUCUCCUUGUUGUAGAGAGUGUCACCAUACCUCCAUUGUCAAGCUGCAUUUCUGUGGAGUAAAUGGUUUCAACACCAGAGAAGCAUUUUUUUUUUUUUUCAGCAAGGAGGCCAGAACCAGGAGUGCUUAUCAACUUUGUUCCUCAAAUCUGGAGGCUGUGAUGCGUGUGACUCUAGUGUUGAGAUGGUGCUGAUAGGCUUGGUUGGAAUCUGACUGUAAAUGACCGGUGGAGCGGUCUUUUCCCCUCUGGGCCUCAGCUCCUCCUCUGCAGUGUGAUACUGUAUCAGUACCUCUAAUAACACUGAUAGUCACUCACUGUAAACAAAGCUGCAGAAACUUCGUCUUUUGAAGCACUCGUAAAGUGUUUUGGCUCACUCUUUCUCUCUUUCUCUAAAACACACACACACACAUGCAGACCCCCACCCACACAAUCAAACACUCAAAACAAACACAGAGACUCCACCCAGCCCUCCACCCACUGUAACAACUUCAGAGGAAUGGUCAGCAUGUGGAGAGCUUGUGGUGAAGAGUUAGAAGUGAAGUGAAAAGCGGGAGGAGGGACAGUCGGUUUUCUUUAAACCCCCAAAGGUUACAGCGAUGUCCCCGUAGCAGAGCCGAGAGAGACGGGAAGCACACAGAUCAAGCUGAUGGGAACUUGCAUGUCAGGGUUCCCAGCGCAGCAGCCUCUCAUACUGGGCUGAGAUGUGGGAAAACAGUCAUUUCAUUGGGCUGCAGCCAGAAUGCAGCCAGAAUGCACCCAGGAUGACGGGGCAGGCAUAAAGCCAGCCACGCCGCCUUUUCAUCAGCUGAGUUGAGUUAGUGCAGAUCAGUUCAGAAAGGUCUUGUUGUUGCAAUGUGUAAAAAUCCCAAGCACGUUUUGUUUUUCUCCGACGUAUUCCUGCAGGGAGAACAUUUGGCACAGGAGGCAAGACGGUUUCAGAACUCUCGUAGCAUUAUUGCAGCCGAAAACUGUGAAAAGUCACACCUCGCUUUUUACACGUGGGCUAUAAGGUUUAAUGGUUUGCAUUCGCAUUCACUAAAACUGGCUGUAGCCACGUUUGCUGUCUCUGCUGUGUCUACACAGAGCUCGGUUUUCCAGUUGCAGCUCCAUUCGUAUUCAUGUGUGUGACCUGCAGGUCCUGUAUAAGGGCCUGUGAAUCCUGCAGAGGUUAAGAUACAGGGCCAAAGGAGGGCUCUAAAUGCAGGCGAUGUCCCUCCAGGGGCCUUGCAGGUGGACCUGUCUUCUCUAGCUUCUCCUGUUGCUGGAUCUUUAUCCACUCUGGCAAUACCUCCACUCAGAAAUCUGCUUUUGAUAGCAAAAACAUGUGUUCCACUUGUGUCUGACCCAUUUAUAUCAGAGUGAUCCUGACUGUGCACAAGGUACAGGAGCUGAGUUUAUAGCUGCAUGUUUAUCCACAUCUUUGAUGAAGUACAGAUUUACAUCAGUGCUGGGAGAGAAACGGUGUGUACGUUGAAUAACUUCAUUUCAUAGCGUGUAGAACAAACUUGAGCUCUUCAGAUUUAGUUUCUUACUUAAAAGAUUCAACAUGUCAUUUGUCAUCUAGUUUUAUACUGUCACCUUAUUCAAAUUAACGAGCUUAACUUUUCCACAGUCUCAAAAUUGAUAAAGUACUAAACCUUAGAUAUAGUUGGACAGGAGCAGGGUUUUUCCUUCAACGUUGAUGUUUUUGUUUUGCUUUUUCUACACUAUAAAACACUGUAGAAAUCUGACAGUUGUUUUGGAAAAUGGGCGUUCCCACUCCCAUAAAUCAAAGACGCAGCAGACCCUUGUUUAACCUGCAAAUCCAGGUUAGUUAGCACGUUAAAUGACUCAUUAAGGUUUAUCGUAAAGGCAGGAUUAUGCUGCACCGCUGAGUCCCAUCCAUGUGUCGGAUUUGGUGAGAAAUAAGUCUCAAUAUCCACUUGGGUGAGGUCCUUUCUAAGGAGGCUGUCUUUGGAUGGAAAACAUAUUAUAUAACAUGUCCCUCUCCAGAGAGAAAUCAAUGUCCUCCCCAUUCUUCUUCUCCUGUUUAGAAAUAAUGUAGUGAAAAAGAUCCACUGUGACUGCAGAGAUCUUUCUUUUCCCCUGUGAACUGCUGAUAACUGUAGCUUAUAUUUCAGGGGCAGUAUGGAUACUAUAACUUUGUUUUUAAUUUUGUCCCGAGACGCUCUUUUGAUUCGGUACUUACUUGGGAAAUUAUAACAGAGAAACACAUUAUUUCAGUACAAUAAUAUAACCUAAAUCCCAGAGUAGGUUCAAGGAGGGAAAGUUAUCAGGCAAGGAAAAGAUUAGGGUCCUGUGUUGUUCAGAGACAUUGUAUAAGAAACUCACUGAGUACAUGACUUAAUAAUGCUGUAUUGAUAUAUGUGACGGCGAUUUUCAACUUUUUAAGUAUUGCCUGCAUGAAAAUCACUCAUCUUUCAUCACAAUUGGCCAUUUUUAAUCUAAGAUAGGUGCAUUAUUUUUGGUCACCCUGCAUAUUUAUUUGAAUUAAAAGGUGUGCUUUUAAAAAAUAUACAGAUAACAAGUGAGGUGUGUUUAAAUUGUGUUGCAUUGACAUUUCGAUUGGGGUCGUGGUUUGAUUAGUGAUGCACGAUAUGAAAAAUUUCAACCGAUACCGAUAACCGAUAAUUUUCUUCUUCUCAUGGCCGAUACCGAUAACCGAUAAAUUCAUAUUUUUACAUUUAUUAUAAUCUUCAUAUAAUCUGCAGUUUGUGCAGGAUGCAGCGAUUGAAAACUGAUGUUUUUGUUGCUCUGGCCUAUCUAGAACAACAAACAAAAGUUUUUGGCUCUUCAAAUGUGGUCAUUUGCUUUAAAUAACAAUAACAGAGCAAAAAGCAGAGCUUCAUUUGAUCCCCUGAACUGUUCAACAGAACUGUAAACUGUAAAGGAGCCAUUAUGAGCCGUUAGGCUUAGCAUGCUGACCGGACUAACAUCUGACGUCCAUAUGUCUGUGGUAAAACUCACGUGUAGUCCGUUCUUGUCGAUCAGGUUGUGAAUGUAUGUGGCGACAAUAUCAUAGAGUGCAGGAAGGGACACAUCCGAGAAGAAGCGGCGGCUUGGGAGAGUGUAACGUGGCUCCAAGUGUGCUAUUAACUUGCGAAAACCCGGGUUCUCAACGACGGAAAAAGGCUGGUCGUCGACCGCUAUGAACUCCAUCACUUUGUCGUUAAUGGCUGUAGCCUUUUCGCUGUCUCUUGAGAAGCUUUUGCAGUUUUCAAACGCCCGCUGAAUGGGGACAUCGAUCCUCCGUAGUGUUGUUGUCUUAGCUUUAGUACCGCUAGCAGCUUCGGCGGCUGUCUCAUAUUCUUUUACUACCGCUUCGCCGGGAUGGCGACUUUUCAGAUGAGCUAUCAGAUUCGCUGUGUUAAUACUUGACGUCUUCUUUCCUCCUCUUGGAAUCCUCGCUGAACAGGUUUUGCAUAUAGCAGCUGUUGUCAUCUUCUGCCACUGAGAGAAACGACCAUGCUGGUGAAGACAUUUUAUUAUCUGUCAGGUAGUGACGGGGUCAGGCUUGGGACCUGCGAGUAAGGUGCGAUAGAUGACGUAACCAGCGCGUCUCGGACGGGCGGCUACUCCGCCUGCAAACGUUACUCGUAAUUUCAUUAAUAUAUCGGAUCUUUCUAUCGGAAAAAUGCACCUAUCGGACCGAUAAAAAAUGACGUAAUUUCCCCCCAAAUCGGCCGAUAUUUUAUUGGUCCGAUAAAUAUCGUGCAUCCCUAGGUUUGAUAUAUUUCAGUCCUGAGAUGGUUGCCAGCUGUGAUGUUACAGAGGACCAAACUUUGGUUAUUAUUUGCUCCUCAGAAAAAUGCAAUAUGUAGCCAAUCAAGACAUUAAUAUUUACUUCUGAAAAUAAAGUUUUGAGUAUGUACAUAAUUGGCAACAGCAGCAGAGUGUCUUUUUUUCACUUCACAGUCUGAAUGUUGGCUGGUGACAACAACUCACUUUGGCGAUGGGACAGAAUUUUCAAACUUUGUUUUAUCUCCUCAUCAAACUGCAGCGUGUAUGAUUAAUCAAAUGAUGCAGAAAAGCCCUGACAGUGCACAUAAAUUCACCAAAAUGAAAAGUAUGUAAAGUUUUUAGGCUCAAAAUUUUGGGGCGACCCCAAACCCACCUGUUAUCUGUUCCCUGUUAGGGGGGCUGUAGUUCAUCUAACUUGAUGAAACUGGUGUUUUGGAGUUUAGGAUGCAGAUGUUGUUCACUUGUGAGUCAUGUAUUUGUGCAGUUUAAAUUUGUAAAACUGAGAAAUGCCAUCCCAGACUCUAUCGGUCUGAUGCACUGUCUAUUAUCAUCAGGUGUGUGCCAGGGGUGAUCUUACUGUUGACCCAAGACUUACUUUCCUGGUGUCAACUGCUCUCAGAGACAAAGACGGAUCACCUGAUGAUAAACAAAGGGGAGAAGUUGACAUGUUUGCCGAGAGUAAACAACCGACAGAGAGGAGGCGGUAAACCAGACAAACGACUCCUGCAGACUGUGUCAUGUUUCCACUUGUGAUGAGUAAUCUGAACAGUUUUGUGGUCAAGGCUUGUCAUUACCUGCAUUGACUUUGAUACCUGAACACUCUGCAGUGAUUGUAGUGUGAUUCUGACAAGGUGAAGCAAGGGCCAGAGGCAGAAUAUCGUCAUCUGAUACGCUCUUAAAUCCUAUUGCCUUGCCUGUCAAAUCGAGUAAAGAAAUGAGUCCUCAUGUCGGUUUAACCACAGGGAUUAAUGGUGCCCCCUCUGCUCCAUGUUUAAGUCAUGAGAUGAAUGGUCCACUAUGGAAAGCCAAGUCUGAAAGUUUGAUGGUGUAAUUAGCAGAUGAACUGUGAUGCUAACACAGCGUGCUCCAGACCUCACAAAGACCUCUAUUGUGUGAUUACAUGACUGUAAAUCUUUGACUUUCUUUUGUCACGCCAGAGUUUGUUCACAGACUGGAUUGACAUCAUCAUCAUCAGCCCUGUGAAGGCGUGAGAUGUUGUCCUGUGUCGUGGGUAUUUGCAGCUUUGAUAGCAACAGUGUUCCCCAUACAUCCUAGACCAGACCACUCUUGACAGGAAAAUAAAUCCUCCUCAUCACUGUGAGACAACCAUUAAAUUGCCACGUGUCGAGCUGUGGCGCCCUAAGAAAGUGGAAAUCUAAAUUUGUCUGUCUCUCUUUUUUUCUAAUGUUUCCUCAAGAAGCAAAAUGUUUGGCUCUAAUGAUGAGAAUUCCUGAUUGUUCAGCGCUCCUUAUAAUUUUAAAUGGGUCAUCAGUUUGAAAGUAUUGAGAGCUUUCCAACCUAGAAGCACCUAAUAAGCAAAAGAAACUUAAGUGUUUUUCCUCUGAGUUCGCAUCAAUCAGGUUUCCAGCGAAGGAAAAUAAUGUCCUCAUAAGUUGUCAUGGUUUUGGUAACAGAGCUGUGUGAACAAGUGGGAAAUUAGGCCUCCUGUCACACUGUGUUCUGACUGACACUCACAGCUCAUUAUUGACGCCUUGCAAGUUUUUAUAAGGAGCAAUCUCCCACUGUUCCCGGCAGGCUCGAAUAAUUUGAGGCAAGGGCAGCUCUGUAUCAGAGGGAAUAAGGUGACCCCAACUCUCCUCUGAGCACUUAUCUCCUCUGCCAGUUCUGCUUUACUCAUUCGUUUGAAAUGAUAAUUGCUCCUUCCUGCGUGGCAAAGCUGAGCAGUGUGUGCAAUAGAGAUGUAAAAGAGAGUUUGAAUAUUCCUCAGAGUCAAUUCAAGAAAAGAAUCACACUUCGGGGGAUGUUGCAUCGUGUGGCCUGGUGCAGAGCAAUGUGUAUAGCAUGGUUGGAUGAAUAUUGUUUAAAAUUGAAGAUAUUACAGAUCUUGAAUUCAAUGUUAAUUGAUAGAGUCCAGUUAAGUAGGAGAUAUUGGCAAAUCGUGCAUGGACACAGUGCACAAACUAGUGAAGUAGUCAACACAGAUCUAUUCAGUGGGUCUAUCAGAGGGGGAAUGUACAGGGAGUGGGUUGGAAUGGCUUGGUACCUGAGGGGUCUUGUUUUGAAAAGAAUUGACAGAUUGAUCUUUCUGCUGACUGAUAAGAGUCUAGUUUGCUCUCUAGAUUUGAGCCACAACCCACAGCAACAGUCUGUUCUUCAUAUUAGUCACUCAGCCAUGGAGAAAUAGCACACCUUCGCCUGUUGCUACCGACCAAUCAGAAUCAAGCAUUUUACACAGCUGUGCAAUAAUAAAUGAUAGAUGCACAUCCUUGACGUUGAUAAUGAUUAUGUAAAAGCAACCAACUAGUUGUCAUGUUAAUUAACCAUCUUCAUACAUAGACUUAAGUGAUGGCUAAUUCAAUAUUAUUUAUUAGCCAUAUCACAAUAUUAUUUCGUAUUUGUUAUAUUGACAGGAUGUAACCCUAGCUGACAUUUGUUAUUAAAAAUAUGAAUAAACUGUUUUCAGGGUUCCUACGCAAGUACAUGAAAGUAAUUAAAUCAAUUUCCAGGUUUUUAAAAGUAUGUUAUAUGAAAAAUAAAGUAUGGAAAAAUAUUUAGGUUUCCAGACUAUUACCACAGUAACAAAAUACUGUUUUCUAAAAUAGAAAAGUAGGUUUUUUACAAAAAUAAUUCUAAAAAGUAUGGAAUGGAAAAGUGUGGAAAUUCCAACUGAGUAGGAACCUGUGUUUUUAUUUUCACUGCAAGAAACAGUGCUUUAGGAAGCUGGAGAUUCAUGCGUUACAUCUGAGAAUAGUGCAAUAAAUGGACUUUAUGUCAGAAAAAAAAAGCACUGAAAAUUUUCCAAAUGCAGCAUUCGCUUACUCUGAGAAAUAAUGCUUUGAAUGGAGUCUGUUAAAAUUAGACAAAUAGAUGUGGUCGAGCAUGUCCCUGUCUGUUGUGGUUGUUAGCCCUCUGUCUUAAAAAAAGGGUUGAGCUGACCCUCUUUGAUCCCCUGUGGCUCAUAACCUUACUAUUGACAUGUACCUGAUACAAUCCCACAACAUAAAAACAGGAAUAUCCCUUUAAUCCAUGGGUCGGGGGUUUGCUGAGUACUGUGCAACAGUUUUAUAUGUGAUUAAUUUGGAUCAAGAUGCAAACAAACAGAUCCUAUUUGUAGCUUUAAAAGCACAUUUUAAGUAUCGUGCACAGCAUGUCACAGCUGAGUGCUUUCUAGUUUUAUAAGUACAUUGAGUCAUUUGGGGGUUAUGGGAAGAGCCUGUUUUAUGAUCUAAAAUUGCCUUUUAGUUUCCUGCUAAGUUUGAUGUCUCUUGAGUGAAAUACCAAUUUGUAAUACACAAUUUUCCUGUUAUUUUUCUGUUUGAAAGUCAUCAUCUUUGUGUAUUUGAAUGCAUCAGGGACGUACCACUGCAGGAUGUAUUACAGUCUGUCAUCAAUACAAAGAGGAUUCAGUGAAUUAUUAAUAAUACAUGCAGGAGAUGUCAGUAUCCUACUAUUAUCACUCUGGGAUCACACAUGUGAAUCAAUAAUUCAGGGAAAGCUGUUGGUAUCAAUUUUCAGGGACUUUCAUGUUCCCGUAAAAUGAACUCAGGAUGGCAGAUAAUGUUGUGUCCAGGAAAUAACACCGGCUGUUGUGAGGCGGGGACAUAUUUUCAGCUUUUGUACUCUACUUUAGUAAAACAAAAAAACAUUCACAGCUGCAUUCAGGGGAUAUUUAGAAAAAUAACAAAAAACAAAUUUGCUGUAUUUAUUUACAUAGAAAUACUCAUUUAUCGUGGUUCUGGAUCAGUGGUUUUAACCCACCCCAUACAGAGAGGCUGUUGUGAUCAUGCAGCGGUCUCUGCUGAGACUCCCAGCUCUUUGGUUCAUUUUAUCCCUCUUGCUUUACUCCCCACCUUUCAUGUCUCUCUACAUAUAAAUCUUCAGUAAAGUAGUUUUUGGGAUGUCUGGCUAACAUUUAACAUCUACAAGAUUUAAUCCUAGCUGACGCAUUUGCCUAUAGGGAAUAGAUAUAGAUUUAUGAACUCAGCAGAUCUUGAUUGGCUCUUAGAUCUGGGUUUUUUGUGAUAUUGGUACAGAUUUGUCUUUUUAUAUAUCUUUUUCUGCCUCUGGGCCCCAUCCUGAACCUUCAGUGUCUGACAGUCUGAUAUUGUAAGUGAAGCAUGCAAAGAGAUUUACAUGUUUUUUUACAUGGGUUAAAGUCUUCUCUGUUAUAUUCCAACACAGAGGCCUCUUUGUAUUCGAGCCAAGUGAAAAUCAUGUUACCUGCUAGGGUGGAUAUGAUAUUGGAGAGAUGACAUCAGGAAAUUCUCUCUUUUUGGAGGUGUUUUUUUUUUUCUCAAAGUGGAGCUUAGUGCUGAAAAAGCAUGUCCUAUUGAGUCUUUAAGUGUCGAGUUUAAAAUAGGCUUUCUUUAAAAUAUAUACAUUUAAUCAGCAUUUAAUUUCCUGCUCGAUAGGAAUUUCCUCUAAGACUUCCAAACAAACGUUAUCUGGUUAGAAAGAUGUUUGUCUAAGCUUGUUGUGAGUUCUGACGAGGUUGCCCAUAUUAAAAUCGACUUAAAAGCCUGUGUGAGAGGAUAUCCUGGAGAUUUGUCUCUGAUAGACGUAUUAUCCAUAAUCUGCAGUGUAUCCCUAAGAAAGCAAUGACCAGUGUGUGCACCCAAGAUUUAACAGUUUGAGUUUAUUUUUAACCCAGUUUUGAUUUAUUUAGGAGUCUGCUUUCUUGGUCUGCUUGAAGGAGAGGAAAUAUGGUACCUCAGGUUCACACAAAGUACAGUGCACUGCACCUCCACAGAAGUUUUCCCCUGACUGAGGCAUCCUGCAGUUCAAAUUUAAAAAAAAGUGAUCUUGUCUUUGUCAGAUAAGUCAUUAGUUAUUAAUCAGACUUGUUCCGAUAGAUAGAUCCCAUCUUCAUCUGUAAACUUUUGAUCUAGAUGUGGAAAUGAUGUUGAUUUUAACAAUCUACUGACAAAUCUGGAUCAUGGUUUAUGUGUGGUCCUCUUUAUGCAGCGUGGCACAGGCGCCAGUAUUGCUCUGACACAAUCCAUCCAUGGCAAUGAAAGCAACCAUGUUUGGGUAAAGCGCUGAGUAUAGUCUGUGUGAAAUUCAGAGUUAUUUGUUCUCAGAGCACAUGCCUAAAUCUGCUUACAGCAUAGAUACAAAAGACAAAUAUACAUAAUUUCACUGUCUGACCCACACAGUUUAGAUGUGAACAGUCCUUCUGGAGGAGCCAGUUAAGCUGAGUAAUUUGACUGUUAAGGAUUAUUUGAUCAGUUUUUCAGUGAUUUCUAACUUUGUAAUACAAAAAAAAAUGAAUGUGUGAUGUUUUAAGUGUAAAAUUAAGCCUGAGAAAUAAGCAAAAAAAUCAGAGUUUUAGCUGACUAAAUGAGCAAUCCUUUGAGCCCCUGAAUGAAUAUCCGCACAGACAUAACAAUGAACUUUAGGUAGAUCUUUAAAAGAAACAUUUGGGAAUCAAAAUUUAGUGUAAAUUUUUGUGGGUUUUUUUUAUAUUUAAGUUGAAGCCUGUUCUCUACAGUUGUUGUUGGAGAGACUCUCAGUGAAAGGGAAGCUGUUUGCAUGUAGAAGAGGAGGAACGUGACUAAUGUGAGCCCCAUACUUGUUGUGUUAACAUGUCGUAGCUUGUUAAGGCCAUUCUCUGGUAAACCUACAUAUAAAGAAAACAUUUGUGUAGAGUUGGAAUGUAACUUAUGAAGUGCUGCUGUAUAAGACUACAAAUGGGUUUGAGGCGUGAGCGUAUUUAUAAGGUCAAAUGGAGACGAGCUGAGUAAAGGAAGUGACAUAUAGCAAGUACUUUACUACUAAUUACUUUUAAUGACAUUUUAAGGGAAACGGCCAUGGCUGCUGUAGAUAUGUCAUACACCAUUACAGUUAUAAAGCGAGUGCAUUAGAGGAAGAAAGAGGACAGAGGGAUGUGUGAGCUUUACUUUCAAAAUCAUAUUCCGCAAUAGUUUAACAAAUAUUUCACACACACUUAAUCUUCCUAAUGAAGUGAACAGACAACUUUUGCUAUGUGAGGGUAAAAGGUUUGCCUUCCUUCUCCUCUUGUCUCUUUAGUUGGCUUUAAAGUGAACAUGCACCGCCCGCUCAGCUGGGCAGACUGCUAUAUGUGAGAUUUAUAAUGACAGACACAGCAAGAGGUCUCUGCCUUGUCAGUCACCUACUGGGACCUUUUCUGCCCGGCACAAAGGCUCCAUAAAUCUCCCUGAAUAGUAAUCUGCACCAGAGAGGUCAUGUUGUUUUUAGGGUGCACACUGAAAGAAAAAUCUCAGACAUUAUUGAAAAACAAAGAGACGUUUAACUUUAUGAAAUGUAAAACUUCUGAUUUGUCAUUUGUCGGAAACAGUUUGUGGUCUGUCAAAGUCACCCUUAAACCUGGCAAAGAUCUGAAACCACUGAAGUUUCAAAUUUGAUUGCCGCAGCCCAAUUAAACGCAAAUGCUCUUAUAGCUCUCUUUCGCUUUGGACUUAGAUAUACUCAUGAUACUGUUAAUGGAUUGGACGUCAGCCCAAUCAAGCCUCAUGUCGAGCUCUGUGAUAGAGCUUUCAUCACAGGGUCCUGCCCGGCAGCUGAUUAUCUCCAUAAGUGCCUCAGCCUGUGCCAGAGAGUAAAUGAGAGACAAGUGACUUUGCAGGGAUGAAAUAUUGGGAUCUGGUUGCCGAGCACAAAGCCUGGUCCUUUUAUACCAAGCUAGCCAACCCGUUAGCCUUUAUGCUUCUCUCUAUCCAGCGAACUUGCCGUGACCUUUAUGAAUGUAUCGCCCAAUAAGUCUGUCACAUCCUUUCUCUCUUUUUAACAGAUGCAGGUAUUAAUAGGGAGCCUCUUGGAGAGUUCAAAAGGUUAAUGAAUCUGUAGCCUUAAGCAAUAUGGCACCAGAUUCACCCUUCAGACAUACAGGGAGCAGCAGACCUUCUCCUAGAUGAGCAGAUGGGUCCUUUAGCACGGAGCGUAGCGGGUUGCCUGUACUGUUGUAGCCACAGCUGAAUAGAGCUCUAAUCCUAUAAGUCCAAUAUUCAUUGCUUCUAAUAAGAUAACUUUCUUUGCUUGAGUACUUGCUGUCAAAUGUGAUUAAAUGCUUAUUAAUUUUUAAUACUUCUCCUUCAGAUCCAUGCUCUGUUGUUCUCCAGAAUGGAUUAGGACGCUACACGAUUAAUGCCGAAAUACACGAUGUACUUGGUUUUGAAGCGUAAGAAAGUAUGUAAAGAAAACAAAACAAGAAAAAACUGCAGUGUACUUGCCCUUUUUUCACCUGUUAAGCCUCAACUAAUCUGCCUUCAGAGUGUUGAUCAUCUGUCUUGUUUUCCUCAGGUUGCUGGGCACAGUUUAUUUACAGUUAAGAUAAGUCAGCCUGUAUUUUGGACUUCCAAGACACCUCAAGUGUCCCUGCUGCAAGACCUCAUCUUUUGACAUAACUGAUUUCAUGGGUACUUCCUUUUUUUUGCCUUACAGUGCAAUGUCUCGAUGGGCAAACACCUGAGAGAAGUGUUCAAAUAAAACAGUCACCGUAAAAGAAAUGUAGGUCAUGACUGAAACUAAAAUGAAGCAUUGUGAAAAGGAAAAUAAGUGUCAGAUAUAAUAGUUGUGGUAAUUUGGACCAGAUCAAUGAGCUCUGAAUGUGCCUCAAACAGUAAUUAUCACCUUUUAUCUGGUGACCAUUUAUAACUUACUUUGCACACCCCAUGGCUGCUCUGGGACCUCCAAAGUGAUUUUCUAAUUAACAACAUUUCCUGGCACUGAAAGGUCAACGCGAGAGUUUAUUUCUGCUCUGAUCGCCUGCACAAUUAGCCAAAAUGAUUCCUAAUUUAUCAGAGUGCUAGGAAGCCAUCCCUCUCUUUCUUUUCAUUAAAGUUUAAAGAGCUGCAGUUGCAUAAGGAUUUGCCCUGGGAACACGAAGACCUGGGGUGUGCGAGUCACGCUGGGCUGCCAUGCCUGUUGUUGAUGCAGUCGCAGCAGGCAUGAGAGGGACCAGCCGGAGAGGAGGGAGAUGUUACGGUAUCAUCGACGGAUGUUUCAGUUUCUUGUGAUCCAGCUGGCUUUAGUGGAGCAGCAGGCAACCAAAGAAGGCUGGUAGUGAAGUGAUGAGUGACAUGGACUUAUUGGUCCACUGGUUGAGACCUAGGAGGCAGAGAGCCUGUGUUCAGUCUUGGUAGGAAGCAUGAAGACUGGGUUAUAAAAGCUGUUUAUCUUGACUCUGUUGUAGUUUGUCUUUGUUGAUCAGGACUUUGAAAUGGUAUCACUCAGCAGGAAACUGUCUCUAAAGAGGACCAAAGGGCCAGUAACUGACCCCCUGCCUGUCCUGUACUGGUGUUGGAUUUAUUAGUGACCAUAAAUAUUUAUUUAAAGAGGUCUCCAAGGAGUUGUUGCAGUGACGCCAGCUCUCAGCCUGAGACGCCUUGUGCUCUCCAGUGUUUACUUUCUAAACGUCAUCACCUAUGUGGGAGCCAAGCUUAAGGGGAGAGGCGGAGCUGUCAGAGAACAAGGAGUCAGGAGUCGAGUUCAACCACAAGAAGACACUUUGUUUCUGCUCUUCUCAGGAUAGUUGGGAAAUCCGAAGAAUCAAGAAAUUUGCUUGAAUUCAUGUUUAAGUAGGGCUGGGCGAUAUGGCCUCAAAUCAAUGUCACAAUAUAUUGAGCAGUUCACCUAGAUAAUGAUAAAUAGAUGAUAACUACUCCACAAGCUGCUAACCCCCUCCCACAUUAACUUCAUCUACUUUAGCCACUACAACUUUUGAACCAUCCUCCAUCUCCUCAUCUGUCUUUCCCUCUUUAUUAUGGAGUGGGGUCACGUGUCUGAUGUAGGACAGCGUCUUAAAGGGACAUGAGACCAUAGCCGACCUACACACAUCCUAAACCAACUUUUAUUUAUUUAUUUAUGUCGUAAAUUUCGGUAUCGGUAAAUGUUCGGUUUAUCGCCCAGCCCUAUGUUUAAGUUUUUCGAGACUUUGACAGGUGUUCUCCUUGCAGCUGUUUUAUGUGUAUAUUGUGCUUUCAGUCACACUGACAUCUCUGAGAAAUAUUCGGUGGGUCAGCAGCUUUUCUAAACCCAGAUACAUGCAACCAUGAACUUUUUGUCCAUGUGCUGUACUGCUGAGUUAGUUUUGAAGAAUGUUGGUGAGGCCUGAGCUCUUAUUCAUCACUUACCUCAAGCUCCUGUGAAGAUUUUUCAGUUUGAGUACAACAGGCUGAAACAAAUACUAAAGCUUUUUUGGACCUUUAAAAGAAAACAAAGCCAUCAGCAAAAAAGACUGAUUUUUUUCUUGAUUUAGUUCUGUUCAGUGCAUGAAUCAGUUGUGUCGGUGUCAGAAAAAAUGCUAGUUUCUAGUUAGAACAGUUUCUACAUGGGUUAUAUUUGUCUGACAGUAAUACACGGCAGAAUGAGAUGUCUUGUUCAAAAAUACUCAUUUCAUAUUGCCAACAACAGUUUUCUUCCUGUAGGAUGACUAAAUUGCUAAAACUGAAGUUAUUUUUACAGGAUAUUCAAAGCAAAUAUGAUCUAUAUUUUUAUUAUUAAUGUUUGAUCAUAUGACUGUUUGUUCACAUCUGUAGGAAAAGCAGUUCAUUUAUUGAAACCACAGAUAGUUUGAUUAGUUCUUUUGUUUUCUCUUUGAGCUCUUUUACUGGCUGUAAUUAAACUGGUUCAGCCAAACCAUCUCUUAAAUCUCAAUUGUUGCUACAAAUAGCAGCUGUAUUUUUAGGAGCAAAAACAACAGCAAAGUAAGCCACUGCCUUUCUCAUUUUUAAUACAGAAUACUUAGUCUUUCAGGAGGUGUUGUCACAGCAGUGGAGACCAAAAACAGAGCUGCCACUAGGGCAUAUACAUCACUCCAAUGUUAAGUAUGUACCAAGGUAUCUUUGCUAACAAGUCCACUGUCUAAUCUCAGGAAAAGGUCAGUGUCACACUUGUGUGGUUACAGCUUCUUUCUGCAGCCUGAGAUUGACCCAAAAUUAUGUCAUUACAUUUUCAAGAACUACAAAGACACAGAGUGAUCCAUUUUAACCACUGAGCUAUAAAACUUCUGAUGAAGCAGAUGGGAGAUGCACUUAUUUUAAGUGAUUUCCAGGAAAGCCUGACCCCCCUACUAAAUCUCAGCGUACGUGCAUCCACAUAACAAGCACCUUUUCUGCACAGUCACAUCUAAACCAAUAAAAGUCAGAGAGCAGAUGUGUUCAUUUCGCCUCUUUGAGACAAAUUACAGAGCUGUCUUUGGAGUCAAAGUUCUUUUAUGUGUUUCCCCACACAGCCUCCAAAUUAGAGCCUAGCUGUCAUGUUAUCUUCUUUGAGAUCUCUCUCUGAUUUUUGAUGACAGCAUAAUUAAAUACUGGGAUUGAAAACAAAAUUUCUUCAUGUGUUUCUCUCAAUGUCAAACUUUGCUGGCUAUGGUACAAAUUGGACAUUGACUGAGACUUAAAAGUUUGUAAAACCCUGUAAGCUGACACACAAUCUGUGUGUUGGUGUUAGCUGGUUGGUGGUUUGAAUGAUCUGUUGGUGGAGUUUUUUCUUUGGCAGUGUGCGCACACAGUAGAAGAAAAAUAUUUGUUUUUGUCAUGAAGGCUUGAGCUGAAGCCAUGUGUGAGCUAAGUUACAGUUUCAGGACAGAGGGAUGAGGCCAGUGGGGUUUCUUUUGAGAGCUGUCAGAGCUGAUUCACACGUCAGCGUUUAAAUUCUUGAUUUGGUUUGCUGUAAAAUCUACGCCACCUCUCAAAAAGAACCUCAGCCAAGACUAUCAGCUCAUAUGCUUUUGUGGUAGUCAUAUAAAAUGUCAGAAGUUGGAUGUGGAUCUAAUAUUUCAGUAUGUGUUUCAUCUUUCUUUCAACAUGUUCUUGGAUCAAACAUUAAGAAACAUUUUCUCUGUCUUUUUGUUCCACAGAUCCAGAAGGACUUUCACUAAAUGGCUAUUGGUCAGAGCUUAGUGCUGAGCCUUGGAAGAGCACUAUGAGGAGAUGACAACAAGCAGCCUUUAAUCUAGAAAGGAUUCCUCUUCUCUUAACUAAGAGUCUGCUAACUGCGUGUAAGGACCUCUGGGAGUACAAGAAUCAAGCCAAGGACAUGUUCACUCCCCCUCAGCCUGCAGGAAGAUGGGAGUGAGAAAAUAAAAGCUCUGCAGAGUCGAGAGGAGCUUAAUGAAGUCCAAGGAAUCUUAAAACAAACAUUGUACAUUGGUGUAUGUCUAAGAUCAACCAUGUGGACACUAGCUGCGACUGUCCACUGUCUUCUAGCUACUGCGCUGCUAUUGGCCUGCUGCCUGCAGUCAUUGACCGCCAGUGAGGAUGACGUCACCCCGCGCAUCAGCUUCCCUUACAGUAAGUCAUCGCAGUUAACCAACACACUUUUGUCCAGUCAUGAGUCAUGUAAGCCAGUCACAUGCUGAUGCUGUGAGCAGGUGGUGGUAGUAAAAAAGGAUAAGCUUACAACCCACAAUAGUAAGAUAAACCGCCAGUUCUUUCAAAGCCAGCAGCAGCUUGUGUUGGGUCUACUUUGGGUUACAGUAAGUAUUAAAAACAGUUCAUCUAGUACUCUGUGAUAUUGGUCUGUGUAGAGGCAGGUCCCUGAUGCUACUAUAAGUGCUUUUUGACCACAGGAACUUUCAUCAAUAACAAGGGACUCUUUGAGGAACCCUGUACAUUUUUUGAUUGCAGGAACCAGUAACCUCUAAAUUGAGUUCCUGAGUAACUGCUCUACCCUUUAAGAAAGUCCCUGGUUUAGUGGGCAAGGUCCAAAGAUCCAAGGACUUUGUCAGGCAAUACUGAAGACAAUCUAACUUUAAAACUAUUAAAAUUGAACGAUCUCAUUAAAUUACAGACACCCUCAAUAAUAUUCAGGGCAAGACACAGAUUGUUACCAGAAAACCUGCAAAAGAUGUUAAUUUUCAGUUCAGAGGAUGAAGAACACAGACGCGAUUUACGAGUUAUAGGAAAAUAACCUGAAGUGGAAAGAUCAUCUUGCAUUAUUGUUUAUUUCUGUUUUGAGUGAGGGGAAGGUAAAAUAAGCUUUGUCUUCCACCUGCUCCCUUCUGGUCAUGUGCUGUACUACAUUUGUUAAAUGUCUUUGUAUUUAUAGAAAUACUUAAAAAUGGCCAUUAGCAGGAAAAAUGAAAACAAAACAUAACCAGUCCUUAGUUUACAUAUAGAAUAUAGAUGUUAGCACAGGUACUAGUAUCUGAGAUAAUACAGCUUACCUGUUAUCAACAUCAUUUGUCAAAACUAUUGUUGUACUAUACGUUGUAAGUUCAGCAGAGACUCACAUAGAGCGCAAGUUACUUAGUCUACCAAAUAACUGUUAUUGAAGUCAUUGUAAAAAUGCUGACAACAAUGGGCCACACUUUGUAGUUCCUUGAAGAGAAGUUCUGUGUUUUUCUGGUCAAAAGGACCUUAUGUGAAAGUGUGGGCUUAUGCUAACCGCUCUGUCCUGCUCUGUAUUGUCACAUUGAUAACCCCAGCCAGACGUGUUGCCUUUGAUAGUGUUACAUUUGUCUAACACUUUUACUUGUGUUUCUGUAAAAUCUUUUCUCUUUCAAAGUAAAACAUAAUUCCUGCAAACCAGAGCAGUGAGCCUUGGCCUCAGACUGUUGUUGUGACAUUGUGAGUGCCUGACGAGUUAAAAUAUAUGACCCCUUUUUUUUAAGCUCUUGGUGUUGAACAAGCCACCUUUUAAGUAGGAGUAGUUUUAACCAAUAAUUCAGGCUAACAUUUGCUCAAACUGUCUGGUUGCUGAGAAACCAGAAACAACAGUUACAUUUUUGGGCCAACAAACUCAUCUUGUUAUUUAGAAAUGAGACAUCAGCCUUUGGUGACCUUUGUGCGCAGUCUUGUACCUACCAUGUGGAGACUUACAGAGAUUUUCAGAAUGUGAAAUCUUCCUCUCUCAUCACUGUAAAUUGCAUGUUUGAUUUGUUGGAGCGGACAGUUUAAUUAGCAAUACAGUAACCGGGGGGGUAGAGUUCAAUUUUCCAUCAAUUGUACACAACACAUCAUCCUUUCUUGUCUAUAGUGAGCAAAAACAACAAACCCUGCAGCAACAGGCGUGCAUUAAAGCAGAGGGCCUGCAGGCCUCGAUGCCUGAACUACAAACAUUGCUCGUCAAAAUGCAAUUAUUUAAAGGUCUGUUCGUUGUUUGUUUCCUUAUCAAACCUCACUUUGUUCCAGUUUCACUGUUGAUGUUGUUUUUCUCCUCAAGCCCUGAGAAGUCAAUGUUGUGAUGCAUGUUUGCACGUGACCUCUCAGCUAGUUUCUCAUGUUAAAAAACAAACACAAAGCUGUAACACAGAGGGCUUUUAAGUACUCUGGAUCAUAUUGGGGCACAAUGGGUUUUCAUCUUCAAGACAAUUUGCCAUUUCUCCCUUUUCCCCUUUUGUUCGACGCGUAAGAGGGGUUCAGCUGAAUGCAACAAGUCACCUCGCAAAUAUGAACAAAAAAUCUCAUGUGGUGGAUUAAAUGACCGAUGAGGAAAAGGAAGAGGACAGGUCAACAUACGUAGAUAACAAGUUAAUUCCCAAAUUGAGCUCUCUGUGUUCUGAAUUUUCGUACGCCUGGUCUCUGUUUUGCAGCACUGCCUGCAAAGACAAAUAUGCUGAUUAAGCAGCGACCAAAGUAUAGGCUUAAAAGGACGGAGGGAGCUCUGCCUCCUGUAAACACCACCUGUCUGACAGCGAAGCACCUAAAAACAACAAUCUAAUGCUUGUUUUCCUUACUCUUCAGCCCACUCAGAGAGGUAUAUCAGCAAAAUUCACAUCUCAAAGUGGCAUCACUCAAACUGAAUAACCACCUUCCCCAAACUGGAGCCAUUUAGCUGGUUUCUCAAAGAACUAAAUGGAUUAAAAUGGGCCCAGUCUGGUUCCCUUGAACAGAGUUUUUCCAGAAGCACGGAUGUGUCGUCUUUCAGCUACUCUGCUCAGCUCCACUCAGGAUUCAAAAUCUUAAUUUUGUGUCUUUUUCAAACAAGCAGUCAGCCAUUUAGAUUCUUUUAACCAGACAGUAUAAGUACCUCUACAAGAUAAUGCACCUUUUUUAGCUGAUGACAGACAACAGUGUAGAAAAUAAUCAGAUUUAGACGUCACUGACAUUGAUUGUUACCUAUUCACAAAAAGAGCUGCUUUGCAUAAGCUGGGUCUGUCGCAUCAAUGACAAGCUAAACAUUUUGUUUAUAAAGUAGCCUGAAUUCAACCAGCCCCAUUGAUGGGAAAGACGUAAAGCAGGUCCCCAAUCACUCUGGUUUUAAAGUCUGUAAGAAAAGGGGGGACCUGGGCUGUUUUCUCAGGCGAGGACCCUUGCCUCAACAUGGCCUUUUUCCUGGAAAGCUGUCCCCCUCCUUUCUAGCUCCUUCCUCCUCUCCUAAUGAGCAGGCCAAUCAUGUGUAGUGAGUGGUCCCUGCAGUGAAGGGGCUUGUCUGUUUUUCAUUACUGGUCUUGUGCAGAGGGGUUAGCACAAAGGAUCAUGGGACUUACAGGAGUAAGCAUCACUUAGGUAUGUGGACUGCAUCCAUGUAACUGCUCUUGCAAGAUGUAACUGUUUUGCUUCAGAGAUGAGCAGAGAUUUAUUUUUCUUCUUUGACCUGGAAGACAAAGAAGAAAUUCAAGUUCUGCAUUCAAUAAGAAAAGCUAAGGCGUGUGAGAUUGAUCGGGAACCAACAGAUUUUUUUUUUUUAACGGUCUGGCUCUUGUUCAUAACUGUAGUCUUUUGAGUAUAACCCUUUCGAUUCUGGUUCCAGUUAAAGCAGCAGCUCUUUUAGACCUCCUGCCAAAGGUUGGAAGAGAUGAUUCACACAACUGUUAUAAAAAUAUGGUAGGCCUGCAUUCAACCCCAUUAAAACCUAGCUUAGCUUAGUUUAGCAUACAUACAAGAACGAUAGAAAGUGAUGCAGCUCAAGGAAGAACAUUUAUGAUCAUUUCUUCAGGGAAUUUAAUCAGACUGAGACGCUAUGGCCGAAGAACUACCACGUCUGCAGUACAAAAUGAUUAUUAUGAUGAUUAUUACUUCAAGGAAAUGAUAAAUAAAUGAUCAUAAAUGUUCUUCCUUGAGUUGUGUCACCCCGCAGCAGUCGGUGAUGGACUUGUCUGAGGUCUCCAUAAAAACAAGCGGCUCCUGGAAGAGAGUAGGUGAGUUGUGUUUAGUCUCUUUGCUAAAGAAAUUAGGCAAAGCUUAAAGGAUGUUUGGUGGCUAGUACUAUGGCUAGGACCCUAUAUGUACUGUUGAUGAAGUUAGGUGCUGUUCUGAGCAUUAUUUGUGGCUAUAGAGUGGCUUUUUGUUUUUUUGUUUUUCCUAAAACCGCUGUGUAUUGCUAUCGUGCGGUCGUUACUAAAGUUGGUUUAACUAGAGAAGCAAGUGGUUGGCAACAUUCAUCUCUCAACGUGGUGUCUAACUCUGUGUUAUGGUGUGUUUGACUCUAGCUUAAUUUUAUGCCGGAAUAUCCCUUUAAGACUGCUCUCUAAUCUGGUGUUCUUGAAUAUUUUAAAUUCAGAUGCAGAAAAACUUCAUCAAAAUCAUUUACGUACAUAAGGUAUCAAUUUUUCUUCCAGAGGAGGGAAAAAAGGAACAGUUUAAGUCUACAGAGAGAAAAUGACUGUCAAUCUAUUCCCAAAUACCACAAUAUUCCUACAUUACACAUUAUUAUGCAGUAACAUACACCUGCUGUAUUUGGAUGCAGGAUAAGGAAGAGAGAGCAGAAAUCAAGACUAGAAAUGAGACUUAGCUUCAAAAUAAUGCACCCUGGAGUGUCUUUAAGCUACUGUAAGCAUGAUUUAUUUGUAAUGCACUGGAUAACAACUAGGGAAACAUCCAGAUCAGAGGGACAUAUUUCUGUCCUAAUACUUUUUCUCAAACUGCUAGUAGUGAAGCAAAUCAAAUUCCCCCUUAAGCCGAGCUACUGAGCGUGCUGUAAACGCUCAGCAUGCACGGAGUCCCUUUCAUUUACAUUUGGUUUAUGUUUGGUGAAUAUUGUGCUCUUUCUCUCAUGCAUGCUAAUCCUGCGACCUUGGCCGUGUGUGGAUUGUAGUACAGACGUACACAGGAGGGGCUGUGAGAGGGGAUCAGGCCAAAUACUCAUGACAUGCUCUGGUGCCCACCAAAACCCUGGCAAGGACACGCCCACGGAUCUGGAAAAGAAAAGGUUUCCAGCAGAGGUGGCACUCAAGAGUGUCUGCUUAUAACGCCACAACAGCAGCAACAAUGGAGCAUAAUUGCAGCACAUCAACUCUGUCUGUUGCAGACCUUUUAAUGGCUUUGUCACUUGCACGCUUCAGGGAAUGUACAGAAAAGUUCAGUCCUUGCAGAUUUCAAUCAGGGACGUUUGAUUUGAAGAAAAUGGCAGGCAGCAAGAAAUAAUGUUGUAGCUGUUAAUUAAGACAGACAGUGAGGAAUGUGAGGUUAAAGAGAGUCAUUAGGUGUUUUGUUGGAUUGCCAAGACGCAGGGUGGAUUUUUUCCAAAACAAAAGUGGUUUGCCUCAAAACGGUUCAUGCCUUGCUGCAGAGAAAUUCAGAGUUGUACAGAGACUUAUAGGAAGUAUGAGUUGUUGUUGUUGUUUUUAUUGACUGAAUUCAGCCUUUCCCAGCUUGCUCAGACUUUUAUCACUUUUAUGGUUUUAGAGCACUUUCUCAUACUGAAGUUACACAACAGAGGAUGUCAUUUUUCAACACAUGAAAAUACUAUUUCUAACACAUCGGGUGUCUAAAAUAAAAUCUGUUAUAGUGAAGAUAAUCUCAGACUUCUGCACAUUUAUAUUUAUUUCCUAAAUGCUUUGUGGGCUUUUUGGAUCGCUAUCCAAUCUCCAAAAAGCUCCAUAUAUAAAUGUAUCUGAGACGGAUUAAAUCUUGUUUCUCAGACACCCUUCCUGGGGUUGUAAGAGGUUUAAAUGUAUCUUCAGGAAACGCUGGUAGUUUUUAUCCCUCCUACAGUGUUACUAUGUCAGUUACCAGUCUGGGGAUUAUAGAGGGAAACUGUAAAUAGUAACAAGCUUUGCCCUCAUUACAGAGGGUUUUUGGUGGAUUAUUUAUGCAGAAUUGAACAACAAUUGAUUUCUUAAACCAGUGUUAUCAUACUUAAAACCUUAAGUGGUUGUUUCUUCGUGGAGUGUUGACCUUUCCAUGCCCUUAAAAACAUAUCCCCAUGACCUCAUACCAUUAUCUCAUCUCACACAGGUGCUCAAGACACACUUAACUUUAGAUUUUAGGCAAAACUCAAACAGUGAAGAGUGGACAUCUCAAGUGUCUUUUAAUGAAAGUCAGAACUUUCCAGCUUGAGAUCCAAUAUGUUCAUAUGCUCUACAUAUCUCUUGUUCCUAUCUGCGGUUGUAUGCUGAAGGAGAGAGAGCUAUGUGAUAUAUUCUACGUGUACAGAAAUUUUAUCCACCAUCAUGUUUUACUUCAUAUGUUCUGUGACUUUAUCAGCAGUGACAGCACGUCUGAGGUGUAUGCAUGUGAGCACUCAUGGAUUCAUUAGAGGAAGUGCUGUCAGUAUAAAUAACACUUGUUGACUCAGGUAGAGGGCACUUUUUCUGAAGUCCUUUUCAGAGCACAGGGCAAUAUAGAGACUAAUGCAGCUUAUUUAGCUUAUUUAGCCAAUUGUGUGUGUGUGUGUGUGUGUGUGUGUGUGUGUGUGUGUGUGUGUGUGUGUGUGUGUGUGUGUGUGUGUGUGUGUGUGCAGUUCUCUGACUGUGCUGGUGUGGAGAAAAGCCAUUAGCAAAAAGCGUAAAACCAACAUGCUUGACCACUUCUCGUCCUUGGUUACUUUGUGGUUAAUGAGCACAGAGCAAGAGGCUCAGAUGCGACUCAGAGUCCUGCUCUUCUCAUCAAGUGCCUCUCCAGAGAUUUACGCACCACACAAACCACACACUGCACUUCUAUACACACACAACACACAGGUUAGAGCGUUGUGUCUGCACACUGUAGUAUCACUCAACGACCUUCAACACAUGCUGGUACAAAGUGAGUGCACUUAGUACACUGCAGUGGCUCCGCUGCUGCCCUAAAAAUUGUCAAUUUUUUGAGCUAGAAAUGGCAGAGGAGAUGUUUCAAACUGUUCUUUUGUUGGACUCUAGCUGGAGCAGAAACCAUCUAUAAACCUAUUCAGGCUAGCCGGCCAUGAAUGUUUGCAGUGCCAAAUAAAAAGACAGUUUUUUCCUCCCGUCCACUCCAGUAAAAAUGUGCCGCUAAUUCUCUGUUUUCUGUGUUUUAGUUCUGCUACAGCUGCAAGAAAAACAGACAAACCGUUGCAUUUCAAAGCACUUCAUUUUUAAUUGCCAUGGUUUUCCUCUUAUCCCUGUCAGUGAAAACUUGAGUAAUAAAAAGAUUUAAUUUCCUGUGACUGUUUCACUUCAACGGUUGCUUUAAAAAGGAAAUUUUGAUUUUGCAGAAAACUUUGAAUCAUAUUUAAGCAGUAAUACUGUUUGAUGUUUUAACAUGACUUUUAGGGGUUGACAGUUUUCUUUUUUUUUCUUCAAAUGGUGGAUGCUGAUUAUAAGGAGGCGGGUGCACCACAAUAGCUAAUGUACAAUGUGGUUACCAUGGUGAAGAAGAAUCGUAUAUGCACAGUACAAUCCAAUUUACACGCUUAUCUUGCCAAUAACAUGUUCUCAGUCGAUUUUUGAUAAACCCAUGGCAUAGAAAAACACAUAAGGUGAUGAUACAGAUCUCGGAGUAUGGCUGAUGUCAUAAAUAACAUAAAACUUUAUUGUUCGUGUGGUGAGAAAAAAAUGUGUCAUCAAUUAAAAAAAGAAAACAGCAACUGAGGAAAAUUGAGCUAACAUUUGUAACAGGGUGCUUGUCACUUAUGCUGCAUUCCAGUUGUACUCGGAAGCCUGGAUUUCCGAGCUCUGAGUCGGAAAUUCAUCUGGAACGCCCCCCUGAAGUCGGAUUUCCGACUCGGAAAGUCAGACGAUCCUCCCCAACCCCGACUUGACGAUAAAGUCAUAUUCAAAGAUGGCAGUGCAGUGCAUCAACAGUAAAGAGUAACAGUGAAAGCUCUCGUAAUAUAUCAUUUAUUAGCACUUCUGUUUAGUUUUUGUGAAAUUAAAUAAGUGAUAAAUGUUGUACUGCCCAACGUCUAACUGUGAACAUGGUGCUAUGGUAUUUGUAGAGUAAAAUACUGUGUUGUGCAUUUUUUACAACUGGUAUAGCUAACAACAACUAACCGCUGACAACAGUUUACAACAACUGACAACAGCUAACGACAGCUGACAAUUGUAAACAACAGCAAACAACGGGUAACUGUAGGUGUCCAUCUUGGUUUUCCUACUUGAUAACUGGAAUGCUGUCAACUCUGGCGUAACGUCGUUCCUAGCUCCAACAUCCAACUUUAGAGGUAACUGGAAUGUAGCAUUAUAGUAAAGGCACAUGGCUCCAGUCCAAACUUAUAUUUUCACUACUGAGUGGAAGUAACAACACCAUGAUAGAGUAGAGUGUCUGUCCUUCAUAUCCACUAAAGUCUCUAGUUAAAAAAUGCUGUGGGGAGCACCAAAAUUGUGCAAUCACAGCCUCACUGAACAGGCUGCCUGCAGUGUGUGCAGACAUUAGAGUGCAGGUAUCAGCUAAUGCAGAUUAGACCAAAAUUACAGGUCUAUCAUUUGACCUCCAAUCAUUCACUUUCCUGACAGACAUUUGAUUUGCACAACCUGCUGUAAACAAAGACAUGUAGAACAGAGAUAACAGAUGAAAGAAAAAUGCUUUCUUGAAAAUGUCAAGAUUUAUGAUAUAAUCCUAUGAACACAAGUUAUAUUGACAGAUCAGAAUAAGCUGUUGAUGGAGAGAUAGAAAGAUAAAAUGGAGAUAAAACUAUAGUAUGAAGACAGAGGUAUAGAGACAGAAAUAGACAUUUAUGUAUGGAUGGACUUUGUUGAUCCCAAACUCAGUGGUGUUACAGUGACUCUGCAGCAUCAACAGGCUCAUUUAUUGUCACCAAGUUUUAUGGGCAGAAAGUCCAACUCUCUGUGACGCCACUGUCUGGCUGGCAGUAAAACUGGUGUCCAGAAACACACCAGCUCCUGCUGCAGAGUUUUACCAAAGGUUUGAUCAGAGAAAACGAAAAAGUUUCAAAACUUUGAGCGUCAAAAAAGUUCCUGCUUAAACUGAAUCGACAGAAUUUUGAUAUGUUUUUAAAAGUCAUAUUGGGGUUAGUAAGUAUCAGCUACAUCGGUUGUCGGCCAUUCGAGUGGAAUAGAGACGAUGUGGCUCUUUAGAUUUUUGAUUGAAUUUAGCUUGUGUCUGUUUUGUAUUUUGUAUCAAUGACAUCUACUGUGUCUUGCUCUUGAAGAGAGUGGGUACGAGGAGGAUUGAGAGAAAUAUGUUGAAGAGGCGCACCACACAUGACAAGCACAGGCACGUCUGUUUUGAAUUGUGUGUUUGUGCGUGUGUGUGUGUGUAAGGACAUAACAUCAACGAUGUGCCUCUGUCUCUCUGUGUUUAAAUAACUCACUCAAAUACCACAGAGUGACUCUCUCUGUCUCUCCAAGCUAAUAUCCAGGAUUUCGAAAGCUUUCAGCUGUGAUAGACCACUGCGCUCCAUCGCUCUGCUGCUCUGAGUGCUGGUUGGGUGCGUGCCAGCGCAGAGUGCAUCAGGAUGACACCUAAGAGCCAAUAAUUACAGAGCAGAGAAUCAUGUGUAUGUCAGCCUCUUGUUCUCUGCUUUUAGAGGAAUGCAGUGUUUGGUGUACUGACCUCAUCCUCAGUAUAUGUUUGUCUGGAAGAUGUUUUUUUUUUCUGCGGAGGGUGAAAAGGGUGUUGUUCGGUAUUUUAUGCUUGUACCACACGCAAAACUCAUCAACAAUCCCUGAAAACAUUCAGUCAUUUCCUGUUAUUUUCUGUCUUCGCCCUGAUUCUGAGCCUGCACAUGUAAUCAUAUGGCACCAUUUACACCUUUUUAUGGCAUAAUCCUCUCACACACACAACAAACACUGGAUUUACACACUGUCAGGCUCUGGUUAUUAUCUGCAAGGUGCAGCUGUCCCUCAGUGUGAUGUGUGCACACUCCCUCUGACACACACACACACACACACACAUGAAUAUGAGCCUAACACAUCAUAUUGUACACACAAAAUUGCAGCAGAGCUGCACAAUGAUUCCCAGUGAUUACUAACAGAACGGCACAUCUGCGAGACACACAGAUACUGCAGACGUCACUCUCAGUCUGAUACUGAUUCAGAGCUGAGAGUUUUUAUUUACAGCCUACUAAAGUGUGAUUUUUUUUUUAAAAAAAACAGGAAAUACUGAUGUUGUCAGAGUGAUGUCAGUUGAGACUGAGUCGAUUGUUUGUGUAAGAACUGGAAGAAAACAUGUGAAGUCCUUUUUUAAUUUCCCCGUGACCUGCUCUUGUGUUUUCAUCAAAGGUGUGUGUCCUCUCACUGAGCAGACAAACGGUGUCUCUGCUCUGAUUUGGCUGACAGGCUAUAGCAGCACAACGGAGCUGUGUUUAGAUGCCAGUAGUUGGCGGCCAAUAAACAACCACCACUUUGCUCCAAAUAACAGGAGAAGCAGAGCUGUGAUGACCUUGUAGUGACUUCUUUAGGCUUCUGUCAGGAUGCUGCAGCGCCGCUUUGAGCUUCGUUGUCAAAUCAAGUCAAACAGAGAGCCUUGAAGCUGUGCGCUGUUGUGUAGCUUUGCUUGGCAGGGAGCAGAGGUUCUUUUCCUUCAAUAUUUGUGUCUUGCAUGUACUAUAGCAGAGCUUGCUGUGAGAUUAAUAUCAGCUCUGCUCCUCUCCGCUCUCCUCCAGGUUCUCUCUGCCUGGGCUGCAAGUGAACCCCUUUGUCCCUGUUGCCCCCUCGCCUUGUGACUUGGCUCAGGCUGCUCCAGUAAAUCUGGGGCAUGUUUACAGUCGGGGCUUUUAGGAGCCUCUUGGCAAGCGUAUACCUACCAAGCAGCCGAUCAAUCGCCCCGCCCUUAGAGUACUAUUAAACCCUAGAAAAAUAGGUUGAUCCUGCCCCGUUUGCUCUGAAAUAUGACGCCUGCCAAAGUGCUGGCACGGAUUUAAUUACUCAGCCAGACUGUGUCUGUAAACUGGCACCCUCUGAUGAUAUCUUAGUUACCUAAUAAUGAGUGAGUGCACACUGAGCACACUCUGCUGUGAUGUGAAUGAAGAGAUUAUUCAGAGGCAGGCAAGUUUUAGGUAAUGUCACCAUUUGUGGUUUAUUAACAUUUACACUUAACAAAAACAUUUGAACUUGAACCGAAAAUGUGGCUUUGAUUGGAGAUUUAUUUCACCCUUAAAAAGUGCAUCUAUGUGAUCGGGAAGUAAUUAUUUACACAGCUUAUUGCAGACUCAGUCUUUCUUCUUCUGUUAAAGAGUAGUAACAGUAACAGUAUGUCGCAUUUUGGGAAACUAGCUUUUCACUUUCUAUCAAAAACCAGAUAUUAUCUGAACCCUCAGUGUAUCUGUGCUGUUAGCCACACUAGUUUGCUUAGCUUAGUAUACAGAAAAUCGAAACAACCCACUUAACUCUGUCCACAGGUCACACAGGUAUCCCAAGUUUAAUCAAAGAAUUGUUUAUGCUGUAUUUGUGUAGUGGUUUUAGUCUUAUCUGUGUUUUCUUUGGCCUGCUAUGCAUAAAAAUCAUAUCUUAUUAAACAAGCUCCAAUUAAAACUGAAUGGAAAUGUUGCUGUGGUGGUAACAACACACUGGGAUCAUCAGUAUGUAAUAAAAGCAUUUACUUCAGGGAGUAAAUAUAAACCGUAUACAGGGAAGAAGUUAAAAUCAACAGUUCAAAUACACAGAGAAGUGAAGAAGUAAGUCCGACUUCUUCUGUUUGUACUUGGAGUAAUUGAAGAAGUUUGUAGCUGCUUAUUGUGUGUGCAAAAAAAUACCGAUUGUUUUUCACUAUAAAGCAAACAUUUGUGUAAUCUCAGAGCAGCUGCUCUCUCAAACCCUCAGUGAUAUGAAUUUGAUCCUCCAAUUGUUUAGAAAGAAGAAACAUCUCUGCAGAAAUUGUCCGUAAAAUUGAGUUUUUAUUCAUGUUUUUUUUUAUCAUAGGAUGUAAAUUUGUGCUGGCUAUAAGAUCUAUUUACUCUUUUGGAUGUUUUCAUUAUUUCCCACAGACUCUUCCAGCUGUUUACUGUCACCAAAGGAUAUAUUGUUUGAACUAUGCCUCUGCACUCCGACUAGAUCCUUUUUCAGCCUGUAGCCUGUCACAUCCUCAGACAUUAGAGGCUAAUAAAUAAAGGUUGGCUUUCAGGCAUAACAUUUAAAUAACCUGUGCCACUUUCUAAUUCGGCACCAGCAAUAAAGCAGCCAUAUUGAUAGGUGCAAUAAGCAUUAGCAGAGGUUAAAGUCCAGCCCGGUGACAGCCAGCUGAUUAAACAGGCUGUUGAUGAAUGAACCUGGAGCCUGGCCGUGAAAUGUCCUGCAGAUCCCCGACAUUCUGCAGCAAGUAUGUCAAAAGACUCGACCGAUCUGCUGCAUCGGAAAGUGCAUGAAAGAAAUGUGGUUAAAAGGAGAGAGGGAGAAAAAGUGUUGAGAUCCUGCAGCUUGACUGAACUCUGACUUUUAUUACUGCCUGACCUGCACGCAUCAGAAAUCCAUCUCACAGCGUUUUCUAAAUAACAUCUCCUCCUCCUAUCUGCAUGUUUCUUCAUAGGUCAACAUCUUAAUCCAAUCGUCCUGGUAACCACAACUCCCACUCAGGACCCCAGCCUCAACCUCCCCCAAGACACGCACACACACAAACACACACAUACACACACUACUUCUAAGUAGCCUCUGACUGCUCCCAGAGUAAAACUUUCAUGAGUUUGCUCCCCUGCUCGUUAUUUUGUCUGUCUAAGAGGAUGUUGCUGUGAUUCAUGUCAGGGAGUUUUAAUAUGCUGAGAGAAGGCUGUUUUUGGUUCCAGUGGAUGGGUAAAACUCAGGGGAGCUGUGACAGUGAAGCGAUGAUAUGUCCCCCUGUUGAGAGGAGAGAUGGCUCUCCUUUUGUCUGCCAGCAGCGGGGUCCACUGGGACUCAGUAUAGCUCACUUUAUGAGCAUUUAGGACAUUUUUAACGGACUGGCUUUACCUUGAAACAAACCCGUUUCUCCUUCCCCACAUAGAAGAGCUCUCUCUUGUCCUGGAUGACCUAAGCAUGACAAUAGGAAGUCUUUUUUUCGUUAUUUGUUAAAUCUAUCCCCUCUCUGGGUUUUAACGGCAGGCCCCUCUCUUCAUUGACUCCAGAUGUCGAACGUUUUACACAGAAAGAGGGCUGUUGAUCUGGAAAAAGCCUAAGAUUUGAUUUUUGGACAAGAUCUGGCUUGUGCAGCUGGCUCCCCCUCCCAUAAGGGGAAGACUAUCAUCUGCCAAAGCGCCUGGAGUGUUAGUUGAACCAUUUGUUUGAGAGCACAUUGAAAAGUUUAAGUCGUGGGUUGUAAACAUUUAUUGCUGUUUACUGCCUUCAUUUGCAUCACGGUCCAGUGAACCACCUGGAGUGCUGAAGAUAAACCAACUGCUGGUGUCUUUUUUUCCCUGCCGUCAGAAGUGUCUAAAUUUGAAUUCAUUUAGAUGGUUAUACACGCAGAGAGGGCUGUAAAUGGUUUAACUGCAGCAAAUAUUAGUGUUGACGACUCCCUGAUACGAGCCAGUAAUCUUAUUUGGACAAGCAAAUGGAGUAUGUGACCCCCAGUGUUUUUGGCUUGGGGAGCACAUGGAGUGCGUUUAAUAUGUUUGGAAUGAGCGGAAACAGAUAAACAUUCACAAAGAUGGAGAAAAACUGCGGAGGAUUAGAAGUAUGUAAGCAGAGGAUGCACAAACAUUUGAUUACUCAUACCCCGUGUCUUUGGUGUCCUCUAAAAGAUGGUUAGUCAUGUUGACCGGCAUCAAGUGAAAACAUCCACCCAUCAGAUCCUGACAAAAACAAACUCAGCUGUUCCCCUGAGGAUCACAGGGACGGUAAACUAGUUUGCAUCACUUACUGGAUCUGUUGUUGCGAUUAAAUUUGGCAGUUUUUGCAGUCUAUAACGCGGUGAGCGACUCUAUAAAGCAGCUGAUUGUUACAGCCGUCGCCUUUGACACAAACAGCCUCCAAAAAUCAAUCCAAACCUCUUGAAAGUGCCCUAUCACAGUGGAAGGUUGUAAAAAGCUGCUGCUUGUGGAAGAUCACGAGUUGUUGUCAAUGCCAAAAUGAGACGCUAUAAAUGCUAUAAAUGUGUUCUUUGAAUCUGUACUUCAUAACAAGAACCACUUGAUUCUGCAGGCAGGGGAGUGAUGUGGGGGGAAAAAGUAAUUCAUUUGACUUAGGGCCCACUGCUAAAGAGAUCCACUUGAAGAGGGUUGGCGAGCAGCAGAAUGAAGGAGAUUUGGAUUGGUGUUGAGCUGGAGAGGCUUUUACCCUGAUGCCAGCGCAGAGAGCAGAGAGCUGGCCAGCACAGGAAAGUGUGGACGUGGCUCUCUGGCACACAUGUGACAUGUUUUCACAGAGCUACAGUAGGUUUUGGAUGCCACCAGAGACAGGAUGAACAGAGGGGCAGAGUCGAGGGAUACAGAGAUGAUGACAACAUACUCGAUGAUAGUUUUUCCCUCUUUGUGUAAUAAUUUGUUUUGACUGAAACUCACCACUGUUUAUCACACUUCAGAUGAAGUAAUGUGAUGUCUGUCCACCUGUUGGAGUGACCAACUAAAUUUAUGGCUAUGAGAGGGAAAAACACAUUUUCUUGGAUUACUAAAAAUCAUGAAACGCAUCCUGAAGGAUAGUACAAAAACUGCAGCUCUGGCGAGCAGACGAAUCUCCAUUAGGCCCUGCGUAAAAAUGCCAACUUUUACAGUAAAAAAAAAAAAAAUAUAUAUAUAUAUAUAUAUAUACACAGCUGAGUUGGAAAGACUGACCUGUCUCAAUUGCUUUCUCUUGUAUUCAUAAACACUGUACAGAAGGGAAGUGUUUUGGGUGCAAGGAUCAAAAGUUUUGCACUACUUUGCAAAGGUAUGGGCACAAUUGAGUUCACAGAUAACUUUAAAGUUGUUUGGCAGGAGGUUGUCGCUUUGUCUUGAACUGAUCCAUGGAAAGGUGAAAACGUUGAGCAAGCAUUUCUAAUACGGUAACAGCCGAUGUUCAGCCGCACAACAUCUCCCAAGAAACAGGAGGAGGGUGAUGUCUGGACUUAGUCAAUGUUUUUAACCAUUUUUAGUUGAAAUCUGUGACUCACUGAUGAUUUCUCUUUGAUAAAUGUGUUAUCAAUUUUAUGUCUCAGUUUAUAUUGUAAGGAUGGAAGAAAAAAUACAGCAGUGUAUCACUAUAUUUUGUCUGGUGAUAUAUCAUAUCGUCUCAUUUACAAAGUAUUAAAAUUUUAAACUAACUGCUAAUAUGAAGUCAAAUCAAUGAUAAUGAAAAAAUCGACUGUUUGUCCAGUGAGGUUGGCAGAGGUGACAUCAUAGAGCAGGAGAAAGUUAGUACAACAAAAAUAUAUAUAUAUAUAAGAUUUGCAAGAUAUGCUACAUGAAAAUAAAAUACAGCGUAAAUAAGACAAACAUAAAGGAAGGACAAAUGCUCAAUUGCCUUAACAGUUAAAAAAAAUGUAUAAAUUGCAAUAUAUUGUACCGCAAUACUCACUGUAUUGCGAAAUGUUAAAACUCGCCAUAAUAUCGUACCGUGGCCAUAGUAUCGUGAUGAUAUCAUAUUAUGGGGCAACUAGUGAUUCCCACCCCUAUUAUAUUGUGUCUGUUUUGUAUAUAAAUUGCUAAAUAUGAUGCAAAUACAAAUAAAUUACAAAUAUGCUGUUUAUGUGAAAAAACAAUAUUUUCUUUCUCAUAACGUGGAUAUAAUUCUUCAGCUGUAAUAAUGAGAUGAGACUGAAGCCCUUAAACUUCCUCAAUAUUUAUUUAUUAAUAAUCCAGUUUGGUAUGUAAAUCAUCAGUUGCUUUUCUCAAAGGCAAAAAACUUUCUUCCCAACUUGGAGAAAUUGCACGCAUCAAAGUUGAAGUUGUGUUUAUGUGCUUGUGAACACCUUUAUGUGUGUUCUUGUACUUGUACCACUAUCAGGAUAAUGAUCUGUACCAGCCUGCUCUCUCUUCUCCCCCCUCUUAUGUGAUAAUAAUCUCCAGAGUGUGUGUUUUUUCUCUCUACUCAUCUUCCUAGAUGCAAAGGAAAGGUCGGCCAAGAGAUUCUCUGUAACUGGGGUCUUCAAUUACACAUCUCUGCUGCUCAGCCAGGAGGACGACAUGCUGUAUGUCGGAGCCAGGGAGGCGCUGUUCGCCCUCAGCUUGUCGGACAUCAGCAAGACCAAGCUGCAGAAGAACGUGAGUACAUGUCACAUGGAAAAACUUGAAUAAGAAUGAGUGAAAUACAGAUUUGAGCCCAAAAUGCCUGUGAACGAAAAAAUCAAAGCAGUGCACUAGACUCCACAUGUCAUUUGAGGUGGCUUGUGUUUAUUUACUCACCUCACCAGGUCUUCUGUGUUCAUUGUGAUAUUAAAGAAACUCUCCUCAGUUAGAUCAGCAUGGUUUCCUGUACUCGGCAUCACUUAUUCAGGGUUUCUUUUUUCAUCCUCAGCUGACGUGGGGCACUCCUGAAGGAAAAAGAGAGGAAUGUGGCUUCAAAGGGAAGAACCUGGAGGUGAGAGGCAUCUUUGACUGCUGCAGCACAAUAAUAAAAACACCCCAGGAAAAUAGUUGUGUAAAGACACUAUGGAAAGGAUGAAUUCACUUGUAUGGGUAUUUGUUCUUUCCUGGCGGUGCUCUCUGAAUUGUUUCACUGCUGUUUUGAGAAGAUAAACUGAGUACUGUGUUGACAAACCUUUCCACUUCUUACAAAUAGAUUCAUCAAGUGUUCAGACUCAACAGGGAAUUGCUUCUUUUUGAGUGUGUGUGCACUGCUGCUUCUUCUCUCUGUCUAUUACUGUGUUGUCAUGCCAGCUGUUGUAUCCCUGGGCGACAAACCUUGGUACUCUUUGUACUACAGCAUACAGCUAUGCCUGUGUAUAACAAAGGAGCUGAGAGAUGCUGGGAGGUUUUCCCCACAGCAUUUUUAUGUUUCUAACGAUUUAUAUCGAACACUUUCGAAAGUAUUUGCCAGGCACAGAUUGCUAAGGAUUUCUCAAGAAAAGCAUGUGCAGUUGUUGGAAUUCAGUUUGACUUUCUCUCUCUGAUUUGUUCCCCUUACAGACUGAUUGCUUCAAUUACAUCAAAAUCCUCCUGCGGCUGAACAGCACUCAUCUCUAUGUGUGUGGCACAUAUGCCUUCAGCCCUAUUUGCGCCUACAUAGUGAGUAUUAACCUCUCAUUCUGACCUCGGAGAGCGAGGUUUUUCUUCUUUUGUAGAAACUUGAUUUCUAUUUUCUCCGUAGCAGAGUUUUGAAUUUCUUCAUAUUUCUCCGGUGCUCUUUGGGAAUCCACCAUGUCAGUAUUGGAUCUGCAGUUAUCCAGGCGUGACCAAAUGCUGCUGAGGCACUUUAGCCAGACAAGUCAACAGGGGGUACACAAGCUGUGUGGUUUCCAGCGAGAGGAAAGCACAAGAUCUGUUUGUGUUGCGGAGGAGUAAAUCUGGAGCGUUGGUGACCGGCAGCAGGAUGACAUUGAUUUCAGUGAUAGGGGGUAGUCAAGCUUGGCGACAGCUCGGAUCUUAAAGCCGGGUAUUAGACUCUGUCCUUUGACGUCAGUGUGGAAGAAAAUAACGGGAAGUCUCAGACUGAAGAUGACCUUGAAGGACUUAGGUCCUGAACUAGGAUUCCAGACAACUCUGAGCACGGAUGGCUUGUACGAACAUUCGUCAUUAUGACUGAGUCCAGAUCUGUUUGUGUGCGUGUGUGCGUGUGUGUGUGUGUGUGUGUGUGUGUCAUCCAGGGAAUUCCUUCCGACCAGACACUCUCAGAAAUGUAUGAUAUUAACGUGAAUAAAUGUUUUGUUUUUAUAGCUGUUCUCAAAACAGACUCCGAGCGUUUUACAGGCAGUCGUACUCUCAAGCCAAGAAGAUCCAGUAAACAAUCCAGUGACAGACAUGAAUUAACACAAGGCCUGAGUGUAACAAUAACUCAUCAGGACGGAGCAUGGGAAGAUUCUCCAUGCAGAGGCACUUUGUACUGUCAAGUUUGAUUUGAUUAGCUGUAAAUGGAACAAGUUCUUUCUAAUGCGAAGAAUUGCCCACAUUUCACUACAAGCGUAUGUGUGCGUGUCUGUCCCUCCGUGCGUGUGGGUGUGUGUGUGUGUGUGUAUGUGUGCGUCUUCUGUUAUACUCUGUGCCAAACUACUUCAGCUUUCCUUCAGCCCACAUUACUGAGCUUACUUGCACAAAUCAUACGUGCCAAAAAGUCAUGGUGGCGUUACAACAGAAUCGCUGCAGUUUUGAUGAAUUCAUCAGUGUUGGCAUGUCGCUUUUGUUUAGCAAAAGACUUUAAAAAAAAAAAAAAAACUAGCCUGAAAACAAACCAGAUCAUACAGUUUGAUCAUAACUCCAAUGUGCCAAUUUUAAUGUCAAGUCCCAGGUACAAAUGCAGCAUUUUUGAUGUUUUUCUGCUUCACAUUGUGUUUUCUUACAAUGUAAGGAGUGUUGCUUCUCUGUCGUUCAAUAAAACUGAAUGAUUUUUGAGAUUGCAAAAUGAGAAACAAAACAAGAACAUAAUCAUUACAAGGUGUUAUCCACACUUACCAUCAUAUAAGAGGCAUUUUGAAGAGAAAACCUUCCUGCCCACUUUUUACAGGCUGUCGGCUAAAAUUUCAAACCCCCAAUUAACUCAGGUAAUGUUGUUUUAUUUCAGACAUAACAAAGAUGAUCCAGACUGAAGAAGACAUGAUUGUAUGUUUGUAGGAGACAAAUAGUAAUGCUUAUGUUUACACCACGUAUACACUCAAUAUGACUUGAACGAGGCGCAGACGCUGAGGAUGAACUAAAUAUGAUCGAGGGUUGUUUAUUGACUGAAACCAAAUCUUAUUUUUGUGUCAUCAGGUUCAUUAUGACACUCGUCUACUGCCAGUUUUAACCCAAACUACAUGAUGGCUGACUUUAGGAAAAGUUCUUUGUGACAGGGGAAUAGAAGGACAAAGGUGGUGUUUUCUUUAUCAAACUCUGUGGAAAAGAACAAACCCACAGUGCUUGAGUCCUUCCCUCAAUAUUUCUCUAUUUGUCAGUCUUUGGGUUUAUCAGUUCCCACUUUUAACAGGAAUCUCUAAAUGGGCCAGUCAGUGUUUUUCUGAACCAGCUGGACUGUAGAUUUGAGCAAACAUUACCUAAACAGGAGUAAAAAUUGCAAAUCAGGACUUAUUCUUGUGCAAAUGGUUGAUGAAACAUUAGGUUAGAACCACGCCAUCAGUUCGAGGUGCCGUAGUGUCACUGAUGUUUUAUGAUUUUUAAUGAGAUUGGCCUUUAAUUCUCUAACGUAGAGAUAACAUUUUGCUCUUGACAUUUGGCUAAUUUACCAGGCGGAGGUUUAGUAUUACCAAACUAACAUUUGGCAUGUGAUUGACUGCAGUGGAUAAACGGAGAGAAAGAGCCAGAGGUUUCUGAGCUCACUUUGGCUCACUCUUUAGUGUAAGUACACUUUAAUUGGAUUGUGCCUGAGGGACAUGUGUGCUGUGUGUGUGUGUGUCUCCAGAACACAUCAACGUUCACACUGGAGAAAGAUGAAGUGGGAGAGGUCGUGAUGGAAGACGGGCGCAGCCGCUGCCCCUUUAAUCCAGAAUACAAAUCCACAGCCAUCAUCGUUGGUAAGUAGGAAUACAAAGACGUCUUUUUUCUGUCUGUGUGACUUUAAACUUUCGUCAUGUGAACAACAUUACAUGUGGCUUCUGUCUGAAAAAACAGGCUCAGCUUUUUUCUGGAGCGACUUUGAUGCUAACUACAGCUUUGAUUUAGUAAUGAGUCCUGAUUCGCCCGCUAAUGUCGUCUGUCUGUGUCAGUCUUUCUGAUAAAUAGCCGGACACCAGCAGACUCUGUUUGUGUUCAACUUCUGUAACAAGCAAUUAGUGAAUAAUUGAGCUGGAUUUAAGUGGAAGAAAUGAUUUGUCUAAGCUGCCUCUCUGGCUGCUCUCACUUCACUCCACACUACUUCAGACUCCAGAGAGCCCCCAGCACAUCACUUCUUUAUAUUUGAUUUUGUUUGAUUAACAGUAUAGCAGACUCACUCUUUACUUCAAACCUCACAAUCUCCCUUCUUUCUUCUUCCAGAUGGUGAAUUGUACACUGGUACUGUCAGCAAUUUCCAAGGGAACGAACCCGUCAUUUACAAGAGUUUGGGUCAGGGAACGGCUCUAAAGACAGAAAACUCUUUAAAGUGGCUGCAAGGUAAACUCCAUUUCAACCCAGACGAUGAACUGUGUUUUCCCUUCACACAUCUUCCAUUAUGUACCCGACAGAGCAGAUAAGCUUGGAAAAGUAGCGAUCAUUAGUCACUAAUGCAUGCAGACUGAGAGCAAAGACAAGCUGUAUCAGUCAAAGCACAUGCACUUCAAAACCCUGACACACACACACGCACACACUCCUCUGUAAACUCUCUUCAAAGGUCUGAUGGCACAAAAUGAUAAAAAGGCUUAAAAAGGUCCCCUUGCAUUAAUAAUAAAAGUUUAACAUCUAUUUCUUCUCCUUUCGUGUUUUCUCUAUUUUUAACAGAUCCAGUCUUUGUAGGCUCAGCUUACAUCGAGGAGAGUCAGCCAAUAGGAAACCCCGUGGGAGACGACGACAAGAUAUACUUCUUUUUUAGUGAGGCAGGGAAAGAAUUCGACUUCUUUGACAACACCAUUGUGUCAAGGAUUGCUCGCGUGUGUAAGGUAAGACACCCGGGGUUGGGCUAAGGUUUUUACACAAGACAUAUAUGCGAAGAAAAAAAGAAGAAGAAGAAGAGCAGCAGGGUUUAAGCGUCCUCUCCUUAAUCCUGAUACCAUUACCUCAAAACAAGGCGGGACACUCCCAUGUCAAAGCACGUUUGGUGGCAUUUAACUGUACAAGUGCGUGUAAUGGAAACAUGCCACUGGUGCAUUAAAGCUUUCUUUAUUUGACCGUGUAAAACAUGUUUUCAGCCGAUUUGGUUUCCCCUCGCCUGAAUCAUCAUCAUCCUCCUCCACGACAUGCCGCCCUCCCUCCCUCCCUUUUUCUUCUGCAAUGUCACUCCCCCUCUCCUUCCAUCUCCCUCACAAUGUCAGCUGCACUUGUCCGUCCCUCUAGCUUUUUGCCUUUCUCCACCAGCGCUUUGAGCUUUGCAGGCAUUAUUAGUAUUCAAGGGGGCUUCGCAGCAAUAUGAAAUGCUUUUUUCCACUCUACGCUAUGGUCUGUUUUUGUUGCAGGCAAACUGUAGCAACUGCAGAAUUUACUCACGUCACUUAAACUACUGACGUCAUGCCCCUCCUCCCUCCCUCUCUGGAGUUUAGUUUGGUCGAGCACCCUGAAAAAUCAACAGCAGACUUUGUCUCUUUUCACCUGUCGUUUGAUCAAUUAGAGCGCUAUGAAGCUGCAUGAUAUACACGCACCCAGCAUCCUCCCUGACUGAUGCUCUUGUUCAUGAAGGCAUUAAUGUGAGUAAUCGCGGGGACAGCAUGUAAUCUUAAGUGACAGCUUAAUGACUUAGUCCUGCUAGGCUCUGCCACUCGGUGCUGCGACACCUCUGUGAUUCGGCAGAGCACCUUCUGAGUUCUAUAUAUGGAAAUCAUUGACAGAAAGGCCCCAGACUGUGGCAACUCACUGCAGAUGAACUGUGCAAUCGAGACAGAAGAAUGGCUUUCUCUGCGUUAUAAAGAGCUUUUAUUUCAGUGGAAUGCAGCAGCCCUCGUUCGUUCGUUCGUCGCACUGUUUUCUUUUCAGGGUCUGUCUGAGUCUGUGGCAGUGCAGCAGUGAUGCAGGUGCUUUCGUCUCCGCCGUGCAGGGUCACAGCCUGACAACAUUUACAAAUAAGUGUGUCAAGGUGACCCAUGUGAAUUUGUCCCACUAAUCAGAUUAAAAGUAAUGCCAUCCAUCCAACUUCUUCACACGGGUGUGUGAUUUUAGUUCUUGACUCUCCAGGAGCAGUACAUUUCCAUUAGUUUCAUUCUUUUCUGUUUACAACCACAUCAGCCGCCCCUUUGCUCCAGGAGAUAAUGUCUGCUUUCUGCAAGGGUUCAACGUACGGUGAAAAUUUAGUGAGAGGAGUGUAACGAUAAAAAUAAGCCGGUGUCACUGAUUGUUCGCAUAGAAACACAGCUCUUGGUAUAGACAUGCGUAGUGGUGGUGCGGUUACUUUUGUGUCUUUCUCUAGAACAAAAGUGUUAAAAGCUCGACACCGAAAACUCACCUACAAACUUGAAGUUUCCCAUAAUGCUUUUUUGUUACCACUUCAAUGUUGCUUCAGACUCUUGAGUGAGUUCUAAUAUGGGAUGUUUAUUUCUGAACUCUUUAUUUUACUUUAUCGACCCCCUAGUGCAAAGCCUUUCAGAUACAUAGAUGUUCAAAAGAUGCAAAAGCCACUCUGUUUCUACAGAUACACUUAUUGUGCCUUUAUGUUUAGAUCAGACAAAUUUAUAACUCAGCCUUGGAUCUAAAGUUUGAUGCAGGUUGUGGGAAUCAGGUUUACUUUUGAAGUCCUUUAAUUGCCUCCAUCGGCUGAGCGUCUCUUCCACUGCAGCUGCAGGUGUUUUUUCAGCAUGCACCUGUCCACCUCUCGGUUUCUUUAUCUCACUGAAACACUGUCAUGUCUACCCCAGUGGAAAAAAACUCAACUCUGACAGCAGAAAUAAGACAGGCCUAUCACUGCAGAGAAGUGUAAAAUGUCUGUGAGAAACCAGCCCUUGAGUUCCUGUAGCUGGAAAUCUGAACCUAUGAACGUUUUCUCUGUUUUCAGGAAAAGUGUAUAAAGUUUUAGCACACACCCUCUGUGCACUCCCUAAAUCAGCAGAAAGUGCUGAACCUCGAAUUAUUGUUAGGUAACACUGAGGUAUGAAGGCCCCUCCCAGCUUGUGGCUUCAGUAUCUGUAGCACACUGACAGAGAGCGUGUACUCCCUUUUCUCUCUGAGCACCAGACCAAGGCCAAAUAUGUGUGAAUGUGGUUUUAUGUUAAUAUCUGGAAUAGUUUGGAUGUUAAUCUUGGCAAACAUUUUUCUACCUUUUCAAGAUGACAUGUUUCCCUUAAGAUAAGACAAAUCAAAAGCCUGGCAGUGUUUUCACGCUGUUCAAACUACUGUUUCACUCUAGUUUGUCAAGUAAACUGCUUCCAAGUUGUUUUUUCCUCCCCUUUUUUCCCAACUGUCCCUCUCACUCCUUCUUUCUUUUGUUUAUUCAGGUGUGCACACUGAGGGACUGAGGGAAGCAGGCAGAUUAUAAACAUCGUAGGGCACUUUUUUUUGCUCUUUUUCAACCGUGUGAGAAACGUGUAAUGGGAGGUUCAGGUGAAAUAAGAAAGCAGAGAGGGGAAGAUGUUUUCGGAGGGCCGCUAUUGAGGGGAGUGGUCGAUGUGAUUGAAAAUACGAGCUGCGCAGUAGAGCACAGCAACAACAGCGUGGACAGCUGAGAGAGCAGGAAUGCGGACUCCUCAUUAUGUGGACAGGCUACUACCACAGCUUGGUAAUUGGCUCCCAGGCCAGGCAUCAGUCCCAUGAGGUUUCACCUCUCCGCUGAGCCACAUGAUUGUUUGUGUGUGAGCGCACACAGAGGAGGAAAUGGAGGUAGUCAUAGUUGUGCAUUUUUUUAUCUCUCCUGGUGCUGUGUUGUAGGAGUUGUUCGGGGUUUUGGAGGCAGUGUUGUUGACGGGAGAGUUUGGAUAUCAGGCAGGAGAGUUGUCUUGAGAUUGGGCGAGACCACUUGUUUUUGUCAUGUUCUUCCUCCUCCACCUCCCUCUCCUCCUGUCCCUCCUGUGUUUUUCAGCUUACUAGCUCUUUUUAAAGGAGUGUCUUUUGAUAAUUGCUAGUCACAGUGAAGCGGUCUGAUAACUGUUUAGGUGAGCAUUUCCAGACAGCUGAAAUGGUCAAAAGCCUCCUCUAUAUCUCAGAGAAAUGAGGUCUGUACGGCUGAUGUUGACUUCAAAGCUCAAAUUAAUAGCUAACCACUGUUUGUUUUUAAUUUCAGUGUCUCUUUUCCUUCAAAGAGCAGAUUAUUUUUGUCCGCUUUUUAAUCUUCCACAUUUUACUAUCAGAACAUCCUGUUAAAUUUGAUUUAAAUGCACAAGAAGAAAGGACUUGAACACUUGAAAUUAAUCAGAACAAUAAUAUUCUGGUUGUGAUUGUUUCUACAAUCAUUUUCCUAAAAUAACAGAUGAUAACUGAUUUCACGUUUUCUUUGUUUGGCCCCAACAGCACCCUCUAGAAAAUCCAGUCCGCACCCUCACAAAACUAGCUCUUAUUUCCUGUAACAUACAUAUGUUUGAGUGUCUCUGCACAAAUGCAAACAUUGACAUUAACACACGUUAACCCCCUGAUAGUUUCUCCAUGCUCACUUUAAAUUUGUAUUGUGUAUGUAAGACCUGAUUCAGUGACGUCAUGACUUUAAACCUCCAGCAGUCGUACAAUGAGACUCACGUAAACUGACAGAUUUAACCCAAAAGUUGUACAGAUAAUGAAACAUGUAAAUAAGUAAAAUAAAUAAUUUGAAUUAACCCAGAAAUGUUGUAUGUAGUAUUUUUCUUAGUUUUGCAUCUUAGCAUGUCUGCUCUUGGAGACAAGGAGGGCUCUUACUCACACAAUGAUACUCUAUUAAUCAUUGAUCUUUCCAUUGUGCAGAUUUUUGGGCACCCAUUGUUCAGAGUUUUUGUUAUUGUGCAGCCUCAGGAGAUAAAGCUGGCUUGUGGGUGGGAUACCCACUCUAAACUCUGUUUCCUGUCACUCCAUGUGAUUUUUUCCCAAAUCUCACUGUGAUACUAUAACUCUUAUCUCUGAAUCAUCAAUGGUCGUGUACCUCAGCCUGGAGCAGGAGUAUGCUCAGCAGGAGGGUUUGGCAUGGACUUUUUUUCCCUGUUAUUUUCUCCUCCUGCCUCCAGAGCUCAAUUCCUGUUGACACUUUUUAUCUGAAAUAUGAGUCUUCAUUCAAACAUGGACUGGAAAGUUCCUAUUGGAACUGUAAUGAGCCAUUGGAAAUAUACAGUAUUUGGAUUCGUCAGGCUGUCUGAAGUAGUUUGCUGUUAUAUCCGACGCUCUCAUUGUAACCCGACCAUUGAGUUGGGGUCAAAUAUAUUUAUAGAGGAGUGAAACUCUCUUUGCAGACUUGAGUACAUCCUCCGUCUUUCCUCUCGUCUCAGCAGAAAGGGCUGGAACACUGUUUUCUCUUUCACUUUUUAUUACCCAAGCCAAGGAGUCCAAAUGUAACAACAGUGUGAGGCAAAGUUACAGAGAAGUCUGUGUAAAGAGCCUUUUUUUUUCUCAAAUUGAACAUCAUUUUUUAGCCCAGACAGAGCAAUAAAGGUAUCACAAAGGUUGUGGUCGUGAUAUAUUGCCAUCUCAUUUUUUCCCCAUCCCUAACAUUACGGCUGGUCUUAUCUCUUCUCCACAUUUCUGGUCUUUGGACCCCACCCACCUUUCAUUUUUCGGACACAGCUUUUACAGAUUAUUAUCAUUUUGUGAGAUGACUGAACCUGUACAAAUAAAGGCUGAGCUAGACUCAGGCUCUCUUGUAUUCACGCACUUUUGCUUCUGUCUGCAGGGGGAUAAAGGUGGUGAGCGGGUGCUUCAGAAGAAAUGGACCACCUUCCUGAAGGCCCAGCUGCUGUGCUCCCUCCCUGACGACGGCUUCCCCUUUAACAUCAUCCAGGACAUGUUUGUCCUGAAACCUAUGGGCGACAGCUGGGAGAGCACCGUCUUCUACGGCGUCUUCACCUCACAGUGGUAAGACACCAGUGAAAGGGUUUGUUCUUAUCCCGAAACAAAGAGUCGAAUGUGUUUCAUUUAUUCUAAUUCAUGGCACGGUUACAGUUAAUGUUUAUGCACAAACACACUCAGACACUUGAAUCUACAAAGCUUUCACACAUCAUCUUGAGCCAGUUUUUAUUUAAUAUCUACGCUCAAACUUGGCAAGUAGCGUUUUGUUACUUGGCUGCUCUGAAUUUAGAGCAGCUGUAAUGAGCUUAAACACUAACACAAGCUCAUGCUACCCCAAUGGCUAAUUAAUGUAUCAACAAAAUAAAGGAUUUAAUAUGGAAAUCAUUCAAGCGCCCACUCUACAACUGUUCUCCAGUGAGAAGUUGCUGCUCCAGUUUCAUGAAUAAAAUAAAAGGACUGCAGGAAGGCUUGAAUGUGUAGAAAAUGGAAACACGCUGUUAUAAAAACCAGAGCACAUGUGAAACAAAAUCUUGAAAUGGUUCAGUUUUUACGCAGCAAAGACAUAUGGAACCUAGUAGCAUAAAUUCCAAAUGGAGAAAGAGUUCAUCUGUUGAUGUAUUUCCAGGUAUAAAGGAGCUUCAGGCAGCUCAGCCGUGUGUGCGUUCACCAUGGCACAGGUGGAAAAAGCCUUCAGCGGGCGCUACAGAGAGGUCAACAGAGAGACGCAGCAGUGGUACACCUACAACCACCCAGUGCCAGAGCCACGGCCCGGAGCGGUGAGUGAAUCACACUCAGGAUCCUGUGAUAAACAAAACAUUUCAGCUCGUUCUGGUUUAGCCAGCGCAUCUCUUCUCACAGGCAAAGUCAGUUUCUAUUUAGUCAAAACAAGAUGUGUUUAAAGGGCAAAAAUUGCAGCAGUUUGUUUUUCACAAUCUCAUGCACAUUUAUUGGAAGUCAACCAGAUCCUUUAAUGUUAUUAGUUUGAUGCAGAGUUGGUAUGUUGGUGCUCUGAAAGCAGUUUUUCUCAGGAUUGUUUUUCCUUUUGUAUUUUCUACAUGUUCCCCCUCUCUUCACCACAGCAGCUGAUGUACGAGAAGAAGCUAUGCAAAAUCUUCUCAAUAAUAUUUUUAUUCGUUUUAUACAGAUUAUACAAAGGAAACAUAUCACAAACACCCCCUUUCCCUCAAAACCCCGUCUACUGCUGGAUAUACCUAUUACUCUGCUUAAAUAACAAAUUCUUAACAAAAAAAAUACAAGUGCUGGAAUUCGGGUUUUGUAGAUCUUGAAAUACAUAAGAUGUUGAGGAAUAAAAAGUAGAAAUAGAAUAAGUUAAAUGAACUACUGUACAUUAAGCUAUGCAAAGUCUUAAGUGAUUUUUGGAUUAUAAGAUUCUUGAUCUUUGAAUUGAUCUGGAUAUUUUUGCUUUAAGUGUUUUUUCUAACCUAGUCUAUAAUCUUUUAUUACUCAAAGAAAUUUUACUGUUGACUCUCCUUCAGUUUCUGCCUCAUUUGUCAUGAUUUUUCUGUUGAAACCCUCUUUAUCAACAAUUACAUGGCCAUGAAAUUGUAUGAAUAUAUAAAGCCAAACACUUUUCAUCCAUAAAGUCAGGCCAUGGUUUUUACAUACUGUUCAUUCUCAUCAUAUUCUUACAUUUCCAGGACUGCUUUAAUGAGUGAAGUUUUCUUUUCCAUCUCCUCACAGUGCGUGACCAACCAUGUCAGACAAAUGGGGAUCCAGUCAUCCUUGCACAUGCCUGAUAAAGUCCUCAACUUUGUCAAGGACCAUUUCCUGAUGGACAGCGUGAUCCGCAGCUCCCCUCUGCUGCUGAAGCGCAGCGUACGCUACACACAAAUCGCUGUGCAUAAGAUCGAAGGCAUGGAAAGAGCCUACGAUGUGCUAUUCAUUGGAACAGGUACAAUUUGUUAUUCAUCAGAAGGAAAUUUUGCAGGUGUUUCCAGAGGGUUUAAGGGGAAAAUCUUCAGAGGAGAAGUACAAAUUAGAUCCAUAUGUUGAAUUUGAUCUCUCUUCGCAGCAGAAGUUGCUUCAAUCCCUUCAAACUUUCCCCUGCCAGUAAUUAAAGUCCCUGCCUCUCUUCCUCUUUUCCUCUCAGAUGAUGGAAAGCUCCAUAAAGCCAUCAAUGCCAACGAUAAGAUGCACAUCAUCGAGGAGAUGGUUCUGUUUCCUGAGCCUCAGCCUGUGCAGCACAUUGAACUCGAUCCUCAGAGGGUAAAUAGCACUCUGUCAUCUUAAUGAUUAUUGUUUCACUGUGUUUGUCAGUUUCUGCUUAAUGCCUCAUCAUGUUUACUCAUUAUAAACUUGGACUCAUUUCCGAGCGAUAAAAACAUGAAAGAGCCAAAUUUAGCAGAGCUGACUGUCUGUCUUCAGACAUUUUCUAUCAGCGGUGGCCAUUCCAUUGAGUUUUCCUGUAAGUUAUAGCUCCGUCUGGAACUGAUUUUAUUAUCCUCUCUGGCAUUUUACCCAGAGCUGAAUUUCAUUACCUUUCUCUCUUUAUUACAUAAUAGUCUCCCCCAGGCAAAGGCAGCCAAACAGCAAUCUUAUCUAUGAUUAUGUAAUGCUUACAUAGUCCAAGAUACUUUUGUGAGUAUAUUCUUAGCUCCAAAUAGGGAUAUUAAAGACAGGCAUGAUGUCCAUCUAAUAUGCUGUAGACAAUAUGGCCUAAAUAUAGACUGCACUGUUGGGAAAACAGGCAUGUGCUGUAAGUCAGAAUUAAUGUCACAUUUGUCUCAAAUAGCAUUUCUGGAUAGUGCUGAUUUAAAACGAUAAUACCUUAUGUUUGAAAAGUGUUGAAGAUGAGGAGGAGGAGGAGUAGGUUAUGAUGAAGAGAGUUCUGUGUAGCAGCCCCUCCAGUCUGGUCACCAUGUGUUUUUGAACACAAUCAAACAACUUGGUUGGCAGCAGCUGGCCUGACUUAGUCUUCUAUUUAUGUUGGAUUAUUCUGUUUAUCUGUGAGCAUGUUUUCCCCUUCAGAAAUCAAGGAGAGUAACCAAAAUGAGACGCUGUGUUCAGCGCUUUAUUCACCUUUUAAUAGGAGUAUCUGAUAGACUCACACAUGGUUAUUCUCUCCUGCAGGGUUUGUUGUUUGUGUCAUCUGACUCUGGCCUGGUGGAGGUUCCUGUGGCCAACUGCUCCAACUACCUGAGCUGUGGAGAGUGUGUGUUAUCCAGAGACCCGUACUGCGCCUGGACUGGACGCCUGUGCCGCGAUGUCAGGAUGGCUCCACCUGACAGGUGAGAAGUAACACACAUUCAUAUCUAAAAACAUUCCCAAAAAUAUGAAUUUGAAUGUCUUUAUCUGCUCGUGAUUGUUUUUGUUUACGAAGACACUGUUGGCAGAAUUUAGGAGUUUCACAAGUUACUCUGAACGGCAAAAAAGUCACAACACCAAGCAGAGAAUGAAUAACCUCAAGUCUGUGAUUUAAACAAGUAGAAAAGAGGAACAAAAACAGGUGUACCACUAAAACUUUUAACAAGCAUGCAGUACGAUUGUUAUCCAUAAUCUACAGACACAAACACCAAACUUCUGACAAGAACCUUAUUUUGAACUUUGAGAGGUUUUGUCUCCUUAUUUUUUAAGCUGAUGAAACCACACAGAGAGCUUAGAUGUAGUGUUAUUUUUUAUUUUGUUAUUUUGUCCCCUUUAUUUCACCAUAAUGGACUAUUUUUGACGUGUUUGAUGUAAAUCUGCACCCAAACAAAAACACAAAGCUCAUAGUCACGUGACAGAACAGGUAGUUUUAAAGGACGAUUGUUCUCUGAGUCACGAUGAUGAAGCUAUCGUCUGGUUUUAAAUGACAGGCUUGAAAACAAAAAUUGGUGGCUCCAUACAAGGUGCCUUUCAUUACAGCUGCUGACCCACACCCUGUUGUUUUGUUGUUGUUUUUUUCCUCAGUCACUGGCAGCAGGAUGUGGAGGAGGCCGAUACGUCAGCCAUUUGUAACAAGACAUUUCCCAGUGCCAGAGCUGCCAGACCAGCUGCUACUCGUGAGUGUGAUUUCUCUGUGUGUAUAUAGGUGUUUUUGAUCAAGGUAUUUUCAGUCAUUUACGCAUCAAAUCAAAAUUCAUACAGAGCUGAAAAGCACCCUACAGCCAUUAUGCAUGGAAAAAAGAGGGAUUAGGACAGUUGAUAACGUAGACAUACAAACACAACAUUAAUAAAAGCUGAACUAAAGGUUCUUCAACAUUUGGGAGGUUAGUUUUUUAGGAGGUAUAUUAACCUCAAGAGAUAUUGAAGAGCAAAUACAUAAAUAUCUGUGGAGUGACUGUGUGAUGCAGUUUGAACGCUGAACUCUUAAAUUCAAUUCAUAUUUAUUUUAUUUUGGCACCGACAUUGUAGCUUUUAUUUUUUUUCUUGUAUCGUGUCAUAUUACUUCUAGAACUGCAGAAGUAUUGCAUACUGUCCUUUUCUACUGAACGCUGGAAUUGUUGAGUUAUGGAGCUUAUCAGUUCAUUUAAAUGUUGUUAGUACUGUACAUUAUACGUUGAUAAAGUUACCACUUUACCACUUUAUCACUGCAUUAUGUACAUCUGAAAAUGUUGUUUCCUCUUUUGACUCUUCAAAGGAAUUGCUUCAUUUUUUGGACAUGUGCUUUCUGAACCUUCUUACGGAGCAGACAACUAGAUCAACCACACACUGUGUCAGGGUGACAGCUAUAGCAACUAUUUCAAUAAUAACCUGACACAGCUUAUCCUGGCAUCCAACUUGAACCUAAACUUUUCAUUUUUACAGUGCUGUUUUUGCUCUUAAUAAACAAACAGGGUCUAAUAUAAUAAUCUGGCAGCUGUAGCAUGUUUAUGGAUAGAUUUUGUUGUCUCCGGAUAAAAGUUGUCUGUUGCCCUUUUUUCUGUCUUAACUCAUUCAGUGCCAAUAACGAAUUUUUCAGUUUUUGUGUUUUCCGAGGGCGCUCCUCCCCAACAUGCGACUAAGUUUGGGGUUGUUCUGAAUGCAGAAAAGCCGAUAAAUAUGUCAUAACCAUGUUACAAUAACAAAAACAAGUACUCGCCAGUGAGAAGUGUGCCAUCAAGACUGCCAAUUAGCCUAGUUGUGGAGUGAUUUUUCUCUAAGGAGAGUAGAAAAUGCCGAAGUCAUCAGAGCAAACACCAUUGGAUCCAGUGGAGAUCCCGGUACUGGACCCUCACAUUAUCAGCAGACAAUCAAAGAAACAAUUUUCCGGCAUGUCGUUGUGCUUCUGGUACCGGUAUUGAUGAGCAAGACUGGGCCAGAAUUCAGUGACAGUCAUGGCGACAAGGAUGCGAGCAGUCCGUGUGGUUUACAUUGUGGCAACUCGCAGCCGUCACAAAGUGAUCUAUCACAAUUGGAUUUCGAGGAGUGGUGUCCAAGAAGGGAGGAACUUGAUGCCACCGGUAAAGUAGUUGAAAUUGACAAUCAGAGUUCUGACGAUCAAAGUCUCUCCUUUAUAAAAACAUAUUUUUCCCAGAAUUCUUUUUCCAGAUCGGCAAAGAUGAUAGGACGAAGCUGCAUUAAUCAGGCAAUAACUAAACGCAGGAGUGGAUGAGAGACUAACUUUUUUUCUGGUGAAAGAAGAGAAUCACCCUUUUCUUUUGAGAUAUCGCACUUAAUUCUAGUCCAAGCACAAGAUAUUCUGUGGGUCCUGAAAGAUGCUGAAAUUUCUAUCGCGGUCGAUGGUGGCACUGGGUGAAAAUCGCAUAAAUAAACCUGGCACUGAAUGAGUUAAGGUUUACAACAUGUUGAACUCACUCCAUGCUUACUUGAGCUGACUUUGAUUCAUUUAUUCUUCUUUUGUAGGUGGCUCCCACUGCAAGCUCAUAACAAUCCCAGCGAGCACGUUCAGAGUGCUGCCCUGUAAGCUGCGCUCUAACCUGGCUCAGAGGAGGUGGCGUUACAGCGACAGUGCCAGCCAGUUCCUCUACGCUACUCCUGAGGGGAACCUGGUUGUUGUGGCACAAGCUGACAGGAUAGAGACCUACGAGUGCUGGUCAGAGGAGGAGGGUUUCCGCCAGCUGUUGGCCAACUACUGUGUAAGGGCAGAGCCCCGGCAAGAAAGCACCACUCUGAUCGGUCACUCUCGCACACCGCACAUUGAGCAAGAGGAGACCAUCAUCCUGCCGGGCGAGUCUCGUUCUGAGCAGGUCAACACAAAGACAUACUGGAACGAGCUGAUCGUGGUCUGCGCUCUGCUGGCGUUCUCCCUGGUGGUGUUCUCGUUGUUCGUCAUUUACAGAAACAGAGAUCACAUGAAGUCCAUGCUGAAGCAUAACGAGUGCCCCAACAUGCAGCAGAAGAAGCCGAGGAUUGUGGGAAAACCCGCGGAGAGCUUACCCCUGAAUGGUAACACCAUCCCCGUUUCUACUUCCGAUCACAAGGGCUACCAGACACUAAACGACAACUACAUCUGCAGCACGCCCACCCACGAGUCCUCGCCAGACAACAGCAAGAGCUUCUCCGAGGCGUCCGACAGGCGGCCGCUCAACCUGAAGGAGAGCCACGUGGAGUAUUCGCCCACCUGCCCGCGGCCCAGAGUGAGGCUCGGCUCUGAGAUCAAAGACUCUAUCGUAUGAGAGCACAAUGUCCACUACAAAAAGAUGCCACCCUGUAUCUCCAAGAAGGUAACAGGCCACAGAGCGAAGGAGAGGAGACCCCCGACAUCCUUCUUCAUCACAGCACAGCUUUUAUUUUAGCCAUCUUUGUUCUGUGAUCAGUGCGGAGGUCAUUUCAUUUUCCCAUUUCCACUCCGACAGCCAGAGGAUGGUCUGAUAGGUAGAAAGAGGACGCAGGACAAUACUUCAGUUUCAACAAAGAUUUAGAGCCGGGGCAGCUGACGCGCUCUUCGUUGGAGUCAUUUCAUGAGCUACCAACAUGCAGGGCUGGGCAGUAGUAUAGAGAUAAAACAGAAGAUGUUCUUCUGAAUCAGUGUUCAUCAGAGUUUCCCUUUAGGUUUGUAAGAUUCAACAGCACCAUCACAUCAUCUGACAAAACAACAUCAACAUAGAUUAAACUACCGCUUUAUCGCCCAGUCCUGUUUUAGUUUAUACAACCUUCAUGCUCUGCAGAAGAUGGCCGCCACAUCAUCUCCACUGUAGUGAUAUUAUUAUGCACUAUCAAACCAAGCAACAGCUAUGCCAUGACCAAGAGUUCAGGUUUUGAAUCAUGUCAGAAGUCAUUACGAUCCACACAUCAUGGAAGUGAGUCAGAAGCACAUUUGUUCUGGAUAAAUGUCCUGACCGAAAGUCGAACGAUGCAGACCAGGAGAGAGCAGCACACCUUGGUUAAGUACAGCCCCUUUAAUGCUGUUGGAACAAGGGAUCAAGAACCACAUCUCCAGGGGAGGCGAUCAAUAACUGUGAUCAUAAAUAAAUCUCCUGGGAUGUGGAAACUGACAUUUACCUCCUGAAUGUGGGUUACAGUUGAAAGAAGGUCUGUUCCAUUCACACCACUACACCGCGGACGAUUCAGGACUCUCACUGCAGCGCGGCCCACCUGAAGUCAGCUGUGUUCUCCAGUAUUGAUCUGCAGGGACGACGGCGAGCUCAGAAACUGACACGGUGGGGAAACAGAGCUGACAUUUCGGGCGACGUCCACUCCUUCAUGUUUCGGGCAGCACCAGAAUCAUCAUGUGCACUGUGCCAAAAAAUCCAAAAUAACUUGAUUGUCUUACCUAAAUGCAAUAGUGCCAUCGAGUCAUGACCACUCCCAUGUUUUGUGUUUGCAUUGAUCACUGUUAAAAGAGCACAUGGUGAUGAAACUAGAGGUGGGUUUCACUAAAGUAACGCGGCACUAAUAAUAAAUAUGAAGUGCAAAAACGGGAGUUUCUUGAAGACUGUUAUCUCAAAAUGAACAUUUUUAAGACUGUGUUGGGCUAAAUAUUUGACUUCAAUGUAAGAUCUGAACUGGGGCCAAAGGAUGUGGCAUUAAGAUGACUUCAUGAAAAAUCUCUUGUGGUUGUGAAGUGAGAAAAUGUUGCAUUUUUAUUGUCAUCUGCUGCUUUUAAAAGAGUUUUCUGCAGCUAAAAGAUACAGGUACAACCAAUUCAAGGCUAACAACAUAAACUUUCGGAACCCUCACAAAAUAAAAUGAACUAAUAUCUGUCACUGUAGUGGAGAGAGAACUUCUGGUCUUGUCCAGACUGCAGCUGCACUAUGUAGUGAUGUAGUUGCACAGAACAGUCUAAUAGCUCAGUUGAACCCCCCGCCGGGAUACAUUUCUUACAUUCAUGGCAUUCACCAAACUCAGAUGUCAAGGUGACGUUAAUGUGAAAGCACAAGUAAUCAGGGUCUUGAAUACUUACAGGUUUGCACUUGUCAGAAAAGAUGGAGCAAAUUCCAAGAAAUGCAACUACUGAGAGACAGACGGUGUGGCUGUUUUGAAGCAAUCAGUUCUAACAGGGACCAGUGCAGCCAUUACAAACACUCUCACACCCGCAUCGCUGAGGGUCACUUUUGAGACUUACAAGCAGAGUUUUCCAAAGAUGUAGGAAGCUGACAGUGUUGUGUAAACCUGAAUAAGAACCAUUUACAUGGCCAUAGGGAGGAUAUAGCACCACAUGUCUUAGAAUACACCACCAAUUCACUGUAUUGAUUAAGUAAAUUUACAAUAUAUAUUCAAGUGUCAUACAGAUUUAACAUUUUGCUAUAUCAAACACUGAGCAGGUGACAAAAUGCUAUGUCACUGCUACAAGUUGACAAAGUAAUUGCACAGCAUACUGCGCAACAGUGGUCAGUGUUUGAGUUUUGAUUUCAUUUUUGUUGUGUAUAUAAAGUAUCUGUGCUUAAUAUUGAGUGUUUUUAAGGGACCUUGUGCAAGAUGUGUUGUAGAGAUAGUCUUGAAACUAGAGAGUGAACACUGCUGAUAUUUUGUUUUUAGUGCUUUACUGCCUAUUUCAGCAUACAUUUCAACCUGGCACUGAAGAGUGCACACUUCUCCGGCUGGUUUUCUCACGAGCAUGUCAAAGCAGGAGGAGAUCUGGUUUACAUUUAUGAUCAACUGAAUUAAAGGAGUAGUUAGGAGUUUUAGAAGACUGGUUUGUUUACUUUCUGUCCUUGAAUUAGCCGAGAAAUUCAACACCCUCAAGUUUAACUAUUGGCUAAGCUUAGAGACUUGGAACAGCUCUGACUCUGGCUAAACUUAACAAAACUACUGAGAUAACACCCCUGGACUUCUGUACCUCAGUCCUGUUCCUCCCCUCAGCCAAGGAGUUGUCCUACACGUAACCACCUGCAAUAAAACUGCAUCAUUUCUUCUUUUCGGUUUCUUAUUUUAUGUUCUGAGAGAGAAAUCAUCGCUGAUAUUUCUGAGAGUUGAUGGGAGAUUUUGUUGCAUUUGGACAGAGUCAGACCAGCUGUUCCUUCCUCUUUGUCGUCUUCAUGUGACGCAAGCUAACAUUUUCAAACAAGACUUAGAAUACCGUUCUGGUGGCUUGCUGCCCUGCUUUGAGAUGCUUGAGAAAACCUCAUAACAUGUUUUCAAAAUGCCUUCAGAUGUCAAGUUGUUCUGCCUUUAGCCAUGUGCCACAUCGUUCACUACCCAGCAGUGACCUCGCCAACAGACAUGUGGUGGAUGGCGUGAUUGUAGCCCUUUGUGGGCACACUUUACUCCACAACACAACACAACACGGGUCAACAGUAGAUUUACAAAUCCACACAAGCCGCUAUAGACUUAACCUGCAAACAAUAACACUGGGAGCUGCUCAAAUCCUUGCAACUUUCUGCAGUCUUUGCUUGUGUCAGACGUGCACAUAGAAACCGUUUAUCUAAACAUUCAGUAUUUAACAGUAAUACUAACCAAUAGAGAAGUUACAGAGAAAAUCCCAUUUGACCUUAAUAGUUCAUCAUGCAAAAAAGCUAGAUGCUGUGUGUUAAAUGCAUCUUUACUAAUGACUUUGUGCUUUUCUUAAAAAGUGAUAAAACCCCAGGUCAUUUUUGAGUGGCUCCUCAGUAACGCAACAUACUGUACUGGACAUGAAUGUAGCCAACUCUGUUUUAUAGAACAUCUACUGCAGUCUAUUUUCCUAAAACUGCUCAAGUAGGAGAUCCACUGCAACGACUUUUCAGGAUUUUGUUUGACUGUCAUAGUACCAAGAAACAGCACAAUAGAAGUAACUAUUAGUCCUUUGUGCUGCUCAUUGUAGUCCUGCAGUAAGAGACGCCAGCACCGCUCCAAAUCGUCCACAUGGAGACACAGCGACUGCUUUGCCUCAGCAUACUGAACACCAUCAGCUUAGAUGACUGAAUAACUAUUAGACAAAUGUGGUCUUGCCUGCAUGAUUUCUUUUUUCUUUUUUUUUCUUUUUUUUUUUUUUUUUGUUGUGUAAAAAUAACAUUGUGAACUGUAUUUUUUGUAUCAUUGAGGUUGUGACUGUUGUUUUUAUUAUAUUGUACAUAAAAAGCACUUUAUUUUAAUUUUUUAAGAUAAAUGAAUAAAAUACAUGUUUUGACACAUGCA